AUGAUGGGAGCUGGGGCAAUUGACUUGGGCGGCAUCGUUUUGUCAAAUGUGUGUGUAAUCUGUCGCGUCUGUCAAGCAGUCGAGGGUUAGGUUGGGGGGGGGUAGGGAAGCGUGGGGUAACCAGUGGAGGGAAAUUUACGGGCUGUGCAGCCCAGUCCCUGUUUCGGUAAGGAGUCGCUACGUGUAGCGAUAUCGGAUAUGAGCGACGGAGGGCAGUAGUUCUCCCGCCCACCUGGGGACAAGGGGAGUACCGCUCACCUAUAUCUUGUCGCCUAGUCCGGUAGGGUGGUCAAGGGAGUCCAAGAAUUCCCAAGUGGGCGGAGCCCAGAGGACCAAGUGCGCUCGCAGAUCGGUCGUCGCUGACCACUGUGAUCUCUCGGGACUCUACUCAGUCAGGAUCUUCCGUCUCCCCGGCUGACGGCUCAGUCUAUCUAAAUUGUAACUCAAGUUUUAACCUCACCUAAGAACAACAUCGUUAGCUUAAACAUAUGUGAUAACCAUAACAUAAACAUGGUACAACAUUACCCUCAUGUAUCCACUCUGUGCAGGUCGGUUAUUGACCUGUCUCCCCCCCCCUCGCGACCUCCCCCAUCCCCUCUGACUCGGGAAAGCUUUUCAACAAACAUUUGAACCGUAUCAAAUAUUGUGGUGGUAAAAAAAAAAAAAAGGGGGGAGUUUCAUAGUUGGCUAUAAUACACAUUUGCGUUAACGCUUACGCAGCUGUUGGACAAAGUAAACGUUAAACUGUAUCAGUCGUGUGCGGUGUAACCCCUCUCCCCCCCCUGCCCCUAGGAGUCAGAGCCUCUCGUAUGGCCUGUGUCCCCACAUCUCUCGACUACACCCCAUCCCUCCAGCCCCCAAAUUCCAUCAAUACUUGCUGUAUGAAGGGGCAAGAUGGAGUCCACAUCUAGGCAUUGCGCCCGGGGUUCAUCUUUGUUCCCACAGUUCCGGGGCUAAUAUGCCUGUAUUGUUCGGGAGUGGUGGGUGUAAGGGGAGAGAGAGAGAGAGAGAAGAAGAAAAAAAAAAAAUAAGGGGAAAAGUCUAAAUAUUCAGAGCCUCUGUCUUGUCGCUGAAGUCGGCAUUCCUGUCUUCUGCGGUAAAGGAGGCCGAAGCGGGGAGGGAUCCACGGUCCUCAGUUAGGCGUCCCUGCCAGUCUAAUCGUCUGAGUGCGAGGGGUUCUUAUCCUUUGGGGUCGGGGGCCUGUGCCUUGCUGCCUGGGGCCAGAGGCGUAGAAGCUUAAUGGGUUCGGCCAUGUGAUGGUCUCCGGCGGUAGGUGUAGGUCUCUCUGGAGCGCCAGGACGUCUUCUUCCCCUGCAACCAUAAAGGGGCCGCCGGGCGUUGCCACUUGUAGGCCCGUAGGGAAGCACCAGCGGUACCUGAUGUUGGCUGCCUGCAGUUGUCUUGUAAGGGGCCUCAUCGCUCUCCUGUAUGUCAGCGUAGCCGGGGAGAGAUCUGGGAACAGCUGGACCUCCGCGCCUUCCACCAAUAUUUUAUCUGUGCCUCUGGCCUUGCGGAGGAUCUCCUCCUUCAGGGGAAAGCUCUCCAGGCAGCAUAUUAUGUCCCGGGCAGGGCCCUCCGGGGGUCCCUGAUGCCUCAGCGCUCGGUGUGCUCGCACGAAGCCUAUGGGUGUCUGAAGUGGCCGGACCAGUAAUUUGUUGAAUAAGUCCAUAAGUGUGUCUGAGAUUGGUGUUCUCUUGUCCAGUUCUUCAGGCACUCCCCUUACACGGAUAUUCUGCCUCCUGCCUCUGUUAUCUAAAUCCUCCACAUGUAGUGCCAUUUGCUGUAGCACUUUAUUGUGAUGUUGUAGCCUGUCUGUGUUCACUGACUGGGCGGCAGACAUGUGAUCCCAGUCUGCUUCAAGUUGUACUACUUUCUGGCUGAGGCCCUGUAUCUCCUCCCUCAAUGCGUGCAGUUCGGCUGUUAUGGAGGUACGCAGCUCCGUGUUCGCCGCCCUCAGAUCUGCCCUCGUGGGUAAUUGCUUCAGGAUGGAUACCAGGUCCGGUGAGGAUGCCUGAGGGAUGGUAGGUGGUUGGUCCCCCUGCGGUGAUCGCGGGCGGGACAUACUGGAGGCCACGGAGUCACUUGAGGCCUGCUGGUCCAGGUCCGCCUGCGUCACCAGAAAGUUUCUCAUGGAGGGAUUCCGGGUGCUUUUUGGGGUGUCCGCGGUCCUUUGGGCACUCGAUGUGCGGUGCGUUUUCCCCAUUUCGGGUGUUAUAUUGUGCGGUCGGUGAGGUUAUGUGAUGAGCCUGCGGGGAGCUCGUGAAUUAGGCUGCCAUCUUCUCGGACCUCCAAGCCACGCCCCGGAUUGUGGUGUUUUCUGAGCGAAGAAAGAGAGCUUGUCCGCUCUGGACGCAUUUUUCUUCGUUUUGUGUUGCGCCAUGCCAGGUGAGAGGAUUUGAGAACGGUUCUGUGCAGUAGGAUGGUGUUGGAUUUUAGCCUUUGAGCCGGAGAGAGGGAUUACACGUCCAUCUUGUCCGGCGGUAGCCACGCCCCCCCUCUGAUAUUGAUUUUUUUAUAAGACAAAUUGACGCUAGGUUUAUCUCUUGCCUAUCAGAUUUAUUCAGUCCCAAAUUUUAUUACACCCUGUUCCAAAUUAUUAUGCAAAUAAUAUUUUUCUCAUUUACCUAAAUAAUUGAUGUAAAUAACAGUCAGCAUAAUUCUCAUGUUAUCAACUAUUAAGAGCACAAUUCAAAUUUUAUUGAACAAACCUCCUAAUGAUAACAGUAUUUUUUUUAAAACAUAAAAAACUUACAAUGCACUGUUCCAAAUUAUUUCGCAUAGUAAGUUUCAAAACACUUUAUAGGUUGUAAAGAACUGAAAAUUGUUAUUUGUUGUGUUUGCAUCAUAUUUACCGAAAAGCUAUUUCAAUCAAACUUAUAACAACAUUUUAACUUUUUAAACAUUUUAACAGGUCACGUUACAUUUUAAAAUAGGACCCCUUAUUUGAUAGCAGCUUCACAAGUCUUCCAUCCAUUGAACUUGUGAGUUUUUGGACAGUUUCUGCUUGAAUUUGUUUGCAAGAUGUCAGAAUAGCCUCCCAGAGCUGCUGUUUGGAGGUAAACUGCUUCCCACCCUCAUAGAUCUUUUGCUUGAGGAUGCUCCAAAGGUUCUCAAUAGGGUUGAGGUCAGGGGAGGAUGGAGGCCACACCAUGACUUUCUCUCCUUUUAUCCCCAUAGCAGCCAUUGAUGCAGAGGUAUUCUUUGCAGCAUGAGAUGGUGCAUUGUCAUGCAUGAAGAUGAUUUUAUUAUGGAAAGCAUAGCUCUUCCUUCUGUACCAGGGAAGAAAGUGGUCAGUCAGAAACUCCACAUACUUUACAGAGGUCAUCUUUACACCUUCGGGGACCCUAAAGGGGCCGACCAGCUCUCUUCCCGUGAUUCCGGCCCAAAACAUGACUCCACCACCACCUUGCUGACGUCGCAGUCUUGUUGGAACCGGGUGGCCGUCCACCCACCAUCCACUACUCCGUCCAUCUGGACCAUUCAGGGUUGCACGGCACUCAGCAGUGAACAGCAGUGAUCAGCAGUGUUUGAAAAUUAGUCUUCGUGUAUUUUUCUGCCCAAUGCAGCCGUUUCUGCUUGUGAGCAUUGGUUAGUGGUGGCCGAAUAGAAGGUUUAUGCACAGUUGCAAGACUCUGGAGGACUCCAGAGGCACCAGCAGCUUCAAAUAUCUGUUUGCUGCUAUGUAAUGGUAUUUUAGCAGCUGCUCUCUUGAUCCGAUGCAUGGAUCUGGCAGAAAUCUUCCUCAAUGUGCCUUUAUCUGCACGAACCCGUCUGUGCUCUGAAUCAGCCACAAAUAUCUUAAUAGUGCGAUAAUCACGCUUAAGUUUUCGUGAAAUAUCUAAUAUUUUCAUACCUCGUCCAAGACAUUUAACUAUUUUUCACUCUUUUCGGCAGCAGAGAGAUCCUUUCUUCCCCAUAUUGCAUGAAAAUGGUGCUUUGCUUAAUAAUGUGGAAUGCCCUCUGUAACGGAUCGCCUGGCACCCCGACUGGGUACCUCCGUUGAAGGAUGCUCCUAGCGCUUCCUGAGGACUCCAAGCACUCUGGCAGACACCACAAUCACCGAACCAGAGAAACAAAUAAAUUCUCCCAAGCAUAUGAAUGCUGUAGACAGUUGAAUAGGAACCAUACGAAUAGGUUUACUCUCCUGGCAGUCAAACUGGAACAGCAUACAAUAAAUCCUUCCCCCAAUAAUGAGACAACACUUCACUUUGAGGGUUAAAACAGGAACUGCUGUGCUGGCACACCCAGCCUGGUUUUUAUUACAGCCUUUCACAUACAGGAACGCCCACAGGGAGGUAUAAAACAACCACUCACAUAUCAGUUACAUCCCACAUAUUCCCUCCCCUUAUCCUGAGAGGAAACUCAAUUACACAUACAGUUAAAACAUACUUUCUACCCAACUUUCAUAACUUUAAAACCAUACAUCACAUUCACAUAAAAUUACAUAUUCACAAUUAAUCCAUUCAGGGGAACAACAUAUUAAAAAAAUGGCAUGAAUCCGACCAGGGGUUCAAAAGUUAGUAAAAAUAUCUUUUGGGCCCUGGCUGGCACAUGGCUAUCUGGCUCAAACAGGUUUUACAGAGCCCUCUAUCCUGGAGACAAUAGGGGAAAGUAAUCCAAUUAUCCAGGGAUAGAGGCAGACUCCAUUGAGCACAUGGUUGCAAAAAGACAUAAAACACUUGAAAAUACAUAAAGUCACCUUUUACACAUAACACACAGACAUUUCACAUAUCCCCAGAUAGCUGGGAUCUGAGCGCACAAAACUACCGAAUAGCGCUCGAUCCUAUUCACACACAAUUCCAUGAAGUCUUUAAAGGACCACUUAGGCACCCAGACCACUUCAGCUUAAUGAAGUGGUCUGGGUGCCAGGUCCUUCUAGGGUUAACCCAUUUUUUCAUAAACAUAGCAGUUUCAGAGAAACUGCUAUGUUUAUGAAUGGGUUAAGCCUUCCCCUAAUCCUCUAGUGGCUGUCUCAUUGACAGCCACUAGAGGCGCUUGCGUGCUUCUCACUGUGAUUUUCACAGUGAGAGCACGCAGCGUCCAUAGGAAAGCAUUGUAAAUGCUUUCCUAUGCGACCGGCUGAAUGCGCGCGCAGCUCUUGCCGCGCGUGCGCAUUCAGCCGACGGGCGGAACGGAGGAGGAGAGAAGGAGGAGAGCUCUCCUGGCUGGAAAAAGGUAAGUUUUAACCCCUUUCCCCCUUCCAGAGCCGGGCGGUAGGGGGACCCUGAGGGUGGGGGCACCCUCAGGGCACUAUAGUGCCAGGAAAACGAGUAUGUUUUCCUGGCACUAUAGUGGUCCUUUAACUACACGAAUGGGCUCCAUGGCAUAGCUAUCUGGGUUAACACAUUCACAUAAAGUCUGGCCCAUAGUCCAAAGGCAAGAGGCGGGCAAGCAGCCCCCUCCAAGGAUACGUGGCGAGGACGGUUUCGCCACACCCUCCUUUAGUAGUUUUUCCUUAAAUUGGGCUCACCUGGCAAUCUAAUUAUCACAGGUGUCCGAGAUUGUUUUCAGUGAUCGAAAGAGCCCUGAGACACAAUGCCAUCCAUGAGUUAAACUGAAAAACAAAAUAUUUAAUCUUUGUGACACUUAAAUAGAAUUUGCAUAAUAAUUUGGAACAGGGUGUAAAGCAGAAGACAAAGUUUUUACCCCAAACUUGUCUUUUUCUGCCUUCUUCUGCUCCAAUAAACCUGCUCACUUUUAUCUUCUAGUACUGUACAGCGAGGUUUGGCCGACCUCAGGCCUGGUUACACUCUGGGAACCAAAACAAAAUAAAUAUUCUUUAUUUUACCGAAUUUUAUUAAAACAAUCCUCUGUGAAUCCAAAGCAAACAAUUUUAUCUGAACACUGAAAAAAAUAGACUUCUACAGAUUCACGUUGGGACACCAAAUUCCUGACCGCAUUUGGAAUUUUGUAUUUCUCUGAAUUUUGUCCAUCCAGAUUAAAUCCAACGUUUAGUGAAUUACCCUGUUAAAGUAUGAUCUAAAUAUAAAGAAAUCUGUUGUAGUUUCUGUUAAUAAUCUUUGUCAUGGACAUGUUGGUUUUGAUCUUUGGUAUCAGUAUAUCAUAAUUUAUUUUUAAAUUAAAAAUGUAUUCUAAUAGAAAUUAUAAUUUUAAUAUGAAUGAUUGCUGAAAUGAAUGCCCAAAAUAUUAUUUAUCCCAGUUAUGUUUUCUUUCUUUAGGACGUAAAUGUGACACAAGAAGUGUGCACACGAAAACUGGUUCCUUUAGCCUGCAGUGUGAAGAAGGAAACCGUUGGCCCAGGUAUAAUAAAAUGUGUAAAAUGGUUUUAUAUAUAGAGUUAGGACCGGAAAUAUUUGGACACUGACACAAGUUUUGUUAUUUCUGCUGUUUACUAACAUAAAUUAAAGUUGCAGUUAAAUAAUGAGUAUGGGCUUAAAGUAUAGUCUCUAAGCUUUAAUUUGAGAGUAUUCACAUCUAAAUUUGAGGAAGGGUUAAUGAAUUACAGCUCUUUCAUAUAUAGCCACCGCUUUUUCAACUAAUGCCAUAAUGAUAGGAAGAAAAAAGUAUGAUGAUGGCUUGGAACAGCUCAUGACCAGAAGCAUACUACCCGUCAUGCAUCGCAAAGGGGUUUUUGGCAGCAAAUUUUGAUUUUGUUUUAGUUGUAGUAUUUUGACUAAAAUACCAUGUAUUUAUAUAUUCAUAUAGUCAAUUUUAGCCAUCUAAAUUAUUUUAGUUUUAAUAUAAUCUUAGCUUAAUGUAAUUUUGGUGUAUAGACCAUGCCCCUGCAGUCUCACUGGUCAAUUCUCUGCUAUUUAGUAGUUUAAUCACUUUGUUCAUGCAGCCCUAGGCACACCUUCCUACAUGUGACUUGCACAGCCUUCCUAAACACUUCCUGUAAAUAGUCAUCUAAUAUUUACAUUUUCUGUAUUGCACAGUCAAUUUAUAAUUGAUUAACUAAUACUCUGUUUAAAGCCUUUUAGACCUUGUAGGAGCUUCCUGUUUGUGAUUAAAGUUCAAUUUACAGCGCGUGAGAUAAAACAUCUUAAGUAAGUUAACAUGUGAUUAAAAAUGAAACAAUAUUUUAUUUUUUUUCAUGUAGGCUGUGUGAGUCACAGCCAGGGGAGGUGUGUCUAGGGCUGCAUAAACAGAAACAAAAGUGGUUAACCUCUUAGUGACCAGACCGCUUUUCAAUUUUCUUACCAUUUAGGAACAGGGCUGUUUUCACAUUACUGCGGUGUUUGUGUUUAGCUGUAAUUUUUCUCUAACUCAUUUACUGUACCCACACAUAUUAUAUACCGUUCUUCUCACCAUUAAAUGGUCUUUCUAAAGAUACCAUUAUUUUCAUCAGAUCAUAUAAUUUGCUAUAAAAAAUAUAUAAAAUAUGAUGAAAAGAAAUGUAAAAAAAAUACACUUUUUCUAACUUUGAUUCCUAAAAUCUAUUAAGCAUCUCCAACCGCCAAAAAACACCCGUGCUAAAUCGUUUUAAAUUUUGUCCUGAAUUUAAAUAUACCCAAUGUUAACAUGUACUUAGCUUUUUUUGGAAAGUUAUAGGACUACAAGUACAAGUAGCACUUUGCUACUUCCAAACCAUUUUUUUUUCAAAAUGUAUGCAAGUUAAAUUGUAACACUGAUAUCGGUCAGGACUCCCUGAAUAACUCUUCAUAUGUAUAUAUUUUUUUAAAAGAAGACAACCUAAGGUAUUAAACUUGGGGUAUUUUGACUCUUUUCAUGCAGCCGUUUUACCACUAAUCUAUGCCCAAUUUAAAAAAAAAAGAAAAUAAAUAAGAAUUGGUGAUUUUUUUUGACACACAUAGCAAUUUAAGAAUACAUGUAUUAAGAACAUUAAGGGUUACUGCCAAAGAACACCCCAAUAUGUGUUCAGCAACAUCUCCUGAGUACAGUGAUACCACCCAUGUAUAGGUGUGUCGGGUUAUCUGGGGGCUAAAAGAUCUUAUUUGGAGGGUGCAGAUUCCUGUUUUCCAACUUGGAUUUUUUACAGCUGGUCAUCAUGCACCCAUGUCCUAUUUGGAAAAUCUUUGAAGCCGGCCAAUGUAAUUUACCCCCAUCAAACCAUAUAUUUUUGAAAAGUAGACAACCCGGGUUAUUCGAUAUGGUGUAUGUCCAGUCUUUUUUAGUAGCCACUUGGUCACAAACACUGGCCAAAGUUAGUAUUUAUAUUUCUUUGUGUGUUAAAAAGGCAAAAAACAAUUAUGAACGCUAACUUUGGCCAGUGUUUGUGACUAAGUGGCUACUAAAAAAAGACUGAACAUACCCCAUUUGCAAUACCUUGGGUUAUCUUCUUUUGCAAAUGGUAUGCCAUCAUUGGGGUAAUUCUCAUUCCUGGGCUAUCAUACACUCUCAAAUGCAACAUAACCAAUCUGGCAAAUUUCACUGUGAAAAAACUUUAUAUUUGACCCUGUAACUUUCAAAAACACUAUAAAAUCUGUACAUGGGGGGUACUGUUAUGCUUGGGAGACUUUGCUGAACACAAAUGUUAGUGUUUCCAAACAGUAAAACGUAUCACAACAUUGAUAUCAUCAGUGAAAGUGCCGUUUGUGUGUGGAAAAUGCCAAAAAAGUCACUUUAACUGACAAUAUCAUCGCAGUGAUAUGUUUUACUGUUUUUAAACACUAAUAUUUGUGUUCAGCGAAGUCCACCGAGUAAAACAGUACCCCCAUGUACAGGUUUUAGGGUGUCUUGGAAAGUUACAGGGUUAAAUAUAGUGUUAGCAAAUUCAAUUCUCUGGACUUUCGGCCCGGUUUGUCAGGCCGUUCCCCCAAAUUGCAAUCAAUAAAAUAAUUAUGUAAAAAUAUAACAUAAAUAUGCACAUAGAAUUUAAAUAUAUAUUAUUUUUACAUUUGUUUUAUUUAUUUUUAAUUGAUUAUUUAUUUUUUAUAAUAUACAUAUAUAGUUAUUAUAUAUAUACGUGUGUAAAUUUACUCUAAGUGUAUUUUUAUAUUAAUAAAAAAAUACACUCAGUGUGACAUUAUAUAUUAGAUAUAUAUAAUUUUUUUUAUUAACAUUAAUAUUUUUAUUUUAAAACUUUUUUUAACUUUUUUCACCAGCAGGGGGACUGCCUGCCAGUUCAAGCAGUCGCUCUGCUGGCAGCAUUAUGGACACCUAUUGCGGCCAUGUGACCACUCUUUGAGAGUGAUCACAUGGCCCCUGUGGGUCCUAAUUUGCAGAGGGGGGACUGUCUGGGCUGUCAGACAGUUCCCCCAUAGUAGAACAACACCCGGCGGGGGAACGGCGGCAAUCGGGUAAUGGAGGGGGAGGGAGGAAAGGGGUUAAAAAAAAUGUGAAUUAUUUAUUUUACAUUUUUUUAAAUUUAAUUUAUCUUCACUGAGUGCCUCGACCCCUCGAGGCACUCCACACAGGCAGAGCAUCAGAAGCCUGCCUGGUGGCUUCCAAUGCUCUACUUCACUGCCGGGUGCCACGUGGGGCAACCCGGAAUUGAUCGCUCUGGGGGAGCGAUCACCAAGCUUCCUGGCAGUGAUUGGGUCGGGUGGUAUUGCACGAUGCCUCGACAUUGAGGCAUUGCUUCAAUAUCGUUAGAGUGGCUGGAAGCGAUCAUAAUCUAGUUGGAAUUCAGUUAACUGACUGGAUAUGCACCAUUCAAGAGUGCAUGCUGUGUUAACUUUAAAAUUAAUGGUUUUCCUAAUGUAAUCCUAUUAAAAACAAUAGAUAGAGCAUGUACAAAAUACAAAUUUUAAAGAAAAUCAGGACCAAAUGACCGUCUUAGAGAAUGUGAGCAUGUCAGAAAAUCUCAAAUGAAAGGCGUCAUGCAAUGAUUUUGCACAUCAUUUAGGGGCAGAUAGAAGGAGGGCAUAUCUGUCCACAACAGCAUAGAUAUAAAUACUAAAUACUAAUUUACAAAGUAAAAGCUGAAAUUUAUAAUAGUGAACUUAGGUGAGCAUAUAAUAACCCCUUGAGGACCAUUUGCAAUACUUUUCAGACAUCACAAUCUUCUCUCUGGAAAACUUUCAAGGACAUUUAAUGGCCUGGUUAUGUGUGGUCACUUCAUGCAGCCUUGCAGUGUUUAGUUAAAUGUCUUAUUCUAGUUUGGAGAAAGCUUAAAGAACAGAUUUGUAUGAUAACCUAGUUCAGCAUUUGUCCUAAGGGGUUAAUCCAAAUGUUUAAAAAUAAUUUUGUAAUUAUAGACCACGUUUUAUGAGUAUAGAUCACAUGUUUAUCUAUUUGAAACUGACAUGAUUAUCCACAUAUAUUUUUGUGGAUAAGGUCAUUUGAAGAUGUGAAUUUGGCACUAGAAACGCUGUUUUUUAUUUUUCUAGAAUCAAUUUCAAAUUUUAGCAGUACAAAAAUAAUUAAUAGAAUUUAUCACUGGUAUUACAGUCUUGUUCAAUGACUGUAACAUAAUAAUUAGUAACUUUUAUAUCUACUUGUGCAUUUGUAAGUUUUCUUCAGUAUAGCUGCAACCUUUUUUUCUCUGACCUUUUCCAAAGUACUAAGUGAAUUUCUCUUGAUUACAACACAAGUGUGCUUUCUAUAGAACAUCUUAUCAGUAUUCUAAGCCUCUUCAAGAAUAUUGGAGAUGUUAAUGACUUAUCAAGCACAACAUCUAAUUAAAUGUAUAUCAUUAAGGCAUACAGACACAGAAAUACUACAGUUACUUGGACCUUAAAGUUUUUAAAACUUGAAAUUCCUCGUUAAAAUAUUAUCUUUCAUGGCUAAGAAUUUUACUGCCCCACAAAUUUGUUUCUUUCACCGUGUUUGGUGCUGCAACAAUUAAUCAGCACAAUGGAAACACUCGAUGAAAAACCCUAUGUAUUGGUUCCUGUUAUGGAAUACCCUGCAUAAAUAGUGUACAUUUUAUAUCUAGCUGCUUUGUAUUGUGUGAAGGACCUUCAUUUUUCAAACCUUUUGUGUCCAUUUUUAGUACUAACAAAUAGUGAGUAAAAUAAAAGUUUUUAAAAUGUGUUUUCUUAGUUUAUAUUUUACAUACAUAUAGUUACAAAGGCUGGGUAAAGUGUACAAAUUGGUUAACUCUCACGAACUGUACUGCGAGAGAGAAUUUCGAGUGUACUCCUGGAAUUUCUUGGUGUUGGAUCAUUUGCUUGUGAUCACUAUAUCUGGAUGGACCUGCCCUCCUCUGUCAUGGACUUUAUUUGGUUCUGUCCAGCAGAAGUUCUCCGUCCCAGGCGUCAGGGUACCCGAUGAAACAAAGACGUGGACACAAGCGUUUCAGGCGUACCAAAGUUUAUUAUAUAAAAAACAUAUCUUGUAUAUACUAGUGAUUGAUAUUAGUUGUGUGUGUUAAAGCAAUGCAGAUCAUUAUGUGCAGGUGUCCAGAACAGGUUAGUCUUUAACUGAGAACAUUUGGUUAAACUGACAAACCAGUUACAGCAAGGGACCUUCAAAGACACAAGUAACACAGAAGGAUUUUUUAACUCUUCACUCAGGUAGAUGCCCAAGUAGGCAUGUGAUAUCAUGAGUCAUCAUGGAUUGAUUAAGGCCCCAAAAACAGAAGUGCAGUAGAAUUUAGUACAUUUUUUACUUGCCUCCUCUGCUGUAUUCAAUCAAGUAAACGCUAUAAUAGCUUUUAUUUGGGUGAAGGAACAAUAAACUGUUACUUCUCUGGAAAUAACAUUUCCUCUUUGAAAAUGAGUUAAAGGACCACUCCACUCUUCCAACCCACCCAACCAAAACCCUAAUGAUUUAGUAAAUUUACCUCCAUUGAAUACAUGCAUGCAUAUUUUUAUACAUGUAUUCAUUGGGAGUAUAGUCUAAAAGAGAUUACAAAAGCUGCAGUUCUUUUGACUUGAUCCCCACAUGCACACGCCGCUUGUGCACUGCUGAAGCUGAUCUAAGGUCUGUUAGAGACUGAGGGGGAGACAUGCACGCUCAAGUAGAGCGUGCCUGCCACUUCCGUUAGCUCAUUGGAACUAACGGAAAUAGAAAGGAAUUCUCCCAUGCUGUUUGAUUGACAGCCAGGGGGGAGUUCCCCAGUUGAUUUAUAAAACUGCUGAUUUUUCAUUGAAGCCGAAGUGUGGGCUGUGGAGUGGUCCUCUCCAGCCUAGUGUGUAGCUUAUUAAGUGUAUUAUAGAUAUUGAGAAAAAAAUACUUUGAAAUAAGACUCUUCUCCCAACUGCCAGUCAGCUGUUGGCAUAUAGAUCUCUCCUGCAGGUGUUUAUCUUGCACUCCCACACAGCAACUACAGUUCAUUUGUUGUGGUUGCUGUAAUUACUGUAUAAAGCAUGUAGACAAGUAAAGGAAUGGAGUGACAGAUGUCACUGUGUUCUGGAGCUCAUACUGUAGCAACGAAUCCAGAAGUUAAUUUUGGGUUAAUGUUUUCAAGUAUGGCCAUUUAAUUAGGAGAUGGGCAGUAGGAAAGAAAGUACUACCCACAUAUAAUUACUUGGGUAAGCAGAGAGAAGAAAGUUGCUACUAUGAUAUACCGUAUUUGGAGGAGAUUGGACAAAUAGCUGCCAUCAUUCUUUGCAAGUUCUUGCAAUUUUUUUUAAAGAUUUUAUGUACAGGUGGACAAGGACAGGGUAAAUCCUUGCACUUUAACCUAUGCUAAGAAACGACGAGGGGCUUUAUUUUUUAAACUCCAAAUUGUAUCAACAUUGAAAACCAAAAUUUAGACAAAAAUAGCUGACUUGGAAAAAUGUAAAGUUCCAGCUCAGCUAUAGUCAUAGCAUGGCCAUUUUAUCUUAAGAUCUGCAUUUUAUUUUUAUUUUUUUAAUUUACUGCAAUUCUGUGUUUAGUGAAUAAACCCCAAGAUGUUAUUUCUGCAUAAACCUGCAAGCAUUGUUUUGUGAUGCCCAGAAAGGUUCAUCUUAGGAAACUGUAUUAUAGCUUUUGAAAGUAAACACUGCUAACUUCUUUGAUGAAUAAGCACUAAAUGCAAUGCAACUGAAAUCCGGUUUAGGUUAUGGUAAACCCAUUAUAUGUUAUAUCUAACACAGUAAAGAAUAACAAAAUUCAGUAACAAAUAAAACAUUUAUUUUAGCCCUCUUGACUCCAAAGCAGCAUUUUUACCAAUUGCUGCUCAUCAGGUUUUGGUUUUAAGAAAGUUCUGUUGACAUAUUUUAUUUCUGUUAUCAACACCUCUACUGUGCUCAUUAGGUGCUAAUUUCACAGAGAGAGUGGAUUCAUUGAGUCAGAAAGAAAGUGAGAAUUCAGCUAUUGGAGAACCACAUCAGGUAAGAAAUUAGCAUGCACAAGCUGAAUUAAUUCAUCCUAUAUAGACCACUGUGUUUUGGUGUUUUAAGUGGUUAAACCCUUAAACACAUACAGGUUAGGCAUCAGAUAUCAUAAGCCUUCCAAGUGGAAUUAACACAUUCUUAGUGCAUGCUGUACUUAUCAGUUAUGUUUUAUAGUAAUCUUGUAUAAAAAGGCAGUAUUAAUGAACUAAAAAUAAAACCACAUUCCUUACAUCUGUAUAUAAAGAGCUAUAUUUCAAACUGCUAGAGUACACAUUUGUUACCAAAUCUGUAAAGUGAUAAUUAUUAUUGAACAAGUAAAAAGAUGAAUGCUGUUAUUUCCAAUAAACAAGAUUUUUGUUUAGUUAUACCUAAUUUUGCACUUGCAGAAGUUGUUACCAAAGUAUGUGUAAGAUUUCACAGCAGUGCACGUGAAGAUGCAAUAGAUCUGUCGCCAGUAAGAUUUUUUUUUGUGUUUUCUUUCUUUAGCCAUUAAAUGUAAGUGAAGAAUUGCCACAAGUAACUGAAGACAUGUGCACCGAGACUUCAGAAUUUUCUAUGCCAGGUAAAAAGAAGGCAGUACAAUUAGGGGUUAUUCUAGCUUUCAGUGAACGAAUAAUCUAAAUUUUAUUAAAGACAGAAGGCGAAUAUUUGUUUAUCUUUCUUUACUGUAACUACCAGCAGCAAAGAAACAGUUAACAAUGUUGUAUGAAAAAUUCAACCAAUCAUAACACAUCUCAGCUACAAUAUAGUGUCAUCAGACUCCUCCCACUUCCUCUUUCUUGGUGUUGCCGGUCAGCAGCAAAGUCAACCAUGUAAACUGGAACUGGAACAUUUCCCGAGGUUGUAACUCGAGAUGAAGUCAACCUUGUAAACGGAAAGUUGAUAGCGCAAACCUGAGGUCUUCACACUAAAAGAGAAGAAGAGAGACUUCGUGAAAGUAAGGUUUCUUGGACAAGAGAAAAAAUAUAGAUAUACCCCCUACUUCUAAUUAUAGCUCAGACGAACUGGCAGAGUUAGGAAAAGGACAUGUGAGUACCCUAUGAUGUAGGUGCGUAACUUCAAAUCUAACAAAUCGUAUAUUGCAAAUUUAGAUGCAAGAGACGGUAGCAUACAUUAAGCAUGGACUAUGGGACUUACCUUGAGGGUGAGUUCCAGAAUGAACGAAGGGAGGGAAAAUAUUCGCCUCCUGUCUUUAAUAAAAUUUAGAUUAUUCGUUCACUGAAAGCUAGAAUAAUCCCUAAUUUUAUGGCAAGACAGGAGGCUUCAUAUUUGCUGUUUUAACGCUCUUGAAUAAUAGAACAAGCCGCAUGUGGUGUUGGUUUAAAAUAAAAGGUUCGAGCGGUAGAUUCCCUUGACCAAUCUGCGCAGGACAAAAUAUCCGCCAGUGAACUGCCAGCACGAAAGGCAGAGGAUGCGGCCGCUCCCCUAACGGAGUGGGCUCCGAAUGAUCUAUCAAUUCCUGCUUGGGUAUAGCAGUGAGCGAUAGUGGGGGAGGAGACCGGUUUGUGAGGUCUAACGUAAGAGAUGAAAAGGGGCCCGGUAGGGGAACUUAGAGUGGCAGUAACUUCCGUGUAACAACGGGUACACAGAGCCACACAGAGGGCCGGCCUGUCGGGAAAGUACAGGUAAAAAACAGACGAGGAGUUUGUUUUAGUGCGCCUAGUAAUUGUAAAUCUGACACCAUCUGGUGCGAAGGUAACAGCAUGUGAGUCAAAAGCUUGAACGUCAGAAACUCUGCGGAAGGACACCAGGCACAGUAGCAGGGCUAGUUUUGCAGAGAGUUGUCGAAGGGAUAAGGCCUCGUUAGGGGGCCAGGACUCCAGCAGCGCGAACACUCGAGAUAUAUCCCAGAACCUAGAGUAUUUGGCAGAAGGUGGCCCCGUCAAACGAAUGCCCCGUAAAAGCCGGCACACGGAAGGGUGUUUCCCAACUAAGGAAUUGUCAAUAGAGUCAUGGCCUGCCGAAAUGGCGGAACAAAAAAUAUUAAUCGAUCGGUAUGAUUUACCCUGAUUGAAAAGGGAUGAUCAAAAAUUUAGAAUGGAUGAAAGAGAUGCUGAAACGGAAUCGAAAUCCCUCUCCAGACACCAGCUGACCCAAAUUUGCCAUGCGGCGAGGUGGGUUCGCCUGGUCCCUGGAGCCCAUGAAUCCCACAGGAGUGUUUGAGCAGUGCUUGAAAGUCCUGCGACAUGCCAAGCUCCCCUGAAACUGUCCAGGCCACCAGUUGAAGAUGGCCUUGUAAGGCGAGCGGAUGGUAGUCGCCCGUUGGGUUCCUGAGGACCCGAUGUGAGCGAGGUAGGAGGAUGGGAUAGUCUGUUGAAAGUUCCAGAAGGGUGGGGAACCACGUCUGGGCCCGCCAUAGAGGGGUAACUAUCACAAUCCCGACCCCCUGUGAUUUGACCCGGUGGAGGAUCCGUUGAAUCAUUGAGAAAGGAGGGAAGGCAUAGGCUCCGCUCCGUGGCCAAGGUUGGAGAAAGGCGUCGACUGCUAGAGACAGAGGGUCCGGUAACCAUCUGAAAAAAUCGUCUGUCUGACGAUUCAGCCGAGACGCGAAGAGGUCGAGAGUGAGGGGUCCCCGCAAUAGGUUAAUGUGGUGGAAUAGGAGAGGAUCUAAUUGCCAGUCGCUGGCAUCUCUCCAGUGACGUGAAAACCAAUCUGUACAGUCAAUGAGGUGGGGAUCACCCACUAGGAAAACAAUUAUAAUAUAUAUAUAUAUAUAUAUAUAUAAAUAUGUACAGAGAGAGAUGGGGGUCACCCACAAAAUAAAUCAGGUGGGGGUCAGCCACACAGCUAUUUCACACAGUAGUGUGUUCAGUAGGUGGUGUCAGCCACACAGAUAUUUCACACAGUAGUGUGUUCAGUAGGUGGUGUCAGCCACACAGGUAUUUCACACAGUAGUGUGUUAUGUACACAGUUUGAGUAUGUAAUAUGCAAGUGGGGUUCACCCACAACAGUGAAAGAAACGGUCAGCCACACAAGGUUUGGCAAAAUAUAUUAAAAUACAAAAUCAACCACACUAAUAAUCAAGCAACAAAUCAGGGAGAGGGGUUCACCCAAAAAAAACAGCAGACUGGUCCUGUAGAGCAAACCUGCAAAAAGCAGAUGAGAGAGAGAUCAGUAUACUGAUCGUGUGUAAAAUUAGAUGCCCAUAAGAAAAUGAGAUGGAGGCAGCAGGGCAGUAACCUACCUGUCACAAGCCAAACAAUGAAGUUGUUCAAUUUGAAUAAACUCCUAUGCGCUUUACUAAUGGUGACAGGAUCUGUGAAGGAGCACUGGGCUGCGAAAGAUGGCCGCCGCGAGAUCGCUGCUGUUAAAAAGGGCAGGAAAAAAAUGUGCCAGGUUAGACGCGAAUGGGCGGGAGGAAAGGAAGGCGGGAAGACGACAGCCGCCGGCUCAUGGGAAAUGGAGUCCGCGGCUGAUGUAAAUGACGAGAAUGGGAGCCGCGGCCAGCUGACUGAAAAAUAUAGCGGGAAUUACCAGAGCGCUCCGUCUAUGCAAACGGAGUGGCGUCAAAUUUAAAGGGGAAAAACCCAGCUCAUAAAAGAAAAGCAACAGGUUAAGGAAAAAUAAAACACAAGUGCCAAAAAUUAAAGAGACAAUACUAAACUUAAAAAUAUAUAGAUAAUGAGAAAAAAGGGAUAUAUGAAUAGUAAAACAAAAGACAUUAAUUACAAACAAAGUUUCCUGAGGUGAAGUAGAUGUUGUAAGACUACAAGAUACAAAUAAAAGAUAUAUAAACUUAAAUUAGAAAGGCAAUGUAAUUGGAGUAGACUCACCUGGGAGGCAAGCAGCAAAGAAAGAGGAAGUGGGAGGAGUCUGAUGACACUAUAUUGUAGCUUAGAUGUGUUAUGAUUGGUUGAAUUUUUCAUACAACAUUGUUAACUGUUUCUUUGCUGCUGGGAGUUACAGUAAAGAAAGAUAAGAAAAUAUGAAGCCUCCUGUCUUGCCAUAAAAUUUUAGGCUAGAAUAGAUAAUUGAAUUGAAAACAGAAUUACAAAAUUUAAAAAGAAAUUGCUGAUUUGGAAACAUUUUCCAACUCAGCUAUUGUCCACUUUUACAUUUAUUUUUCCUAAUUUUGCCUUUUGCUUUUCAACUCCCUACUAUUAAGUGUUUAGUGAAUAAAUCCAUUGUAUAAUAGAACAUGAUCUCUAAAUAUGUUUUUUUUGUGGGGAAAUAUUAGUGUUGUUAGUGGUGAUUUGCCAUAUUGACACUUUGUUCCAAAAAUAGUACUGUACAAUGUUUGAAUGUAUUUAUUUAUUUUUAAUUCUUUAUUUUUUGAGUGCAUGAGUGAACAAAGCCGCUCACUCUGCCACAGUUGCAUUCGUAAGUAUGGUGAUAACACAGCGAUUCACAAAUAUGGCAUUCAAGUAGUGCACAUUUUUGUUAUAUAGAUGCACAAUCAAAGCAUAUACGUCUAAAGGUUACACAUUACAGUUGAACUUGAAACAUAAUGACAUAGACUAGAAUAAUAAACAGACGAAUGUCAUUAUAGUGUUAUAGCGCCAGCGUUAAUAUUAAGCAAGAUGUAAACAAGCUAGUCAACUGAUUUCAGGUAGAGGUUCAAUAUCAUGUUUGAGCUUGUGCUAAGCAAGACAUAUGAGGGAGUUAAGUGUGUGAUGUGCCUAGUGGCCUACGAGGAGCCGUGUAGUGCAGCAUAGAAGAGUGCAGGAGAACUGGCCUAGUGUACUGGCAAAGCAAGGUGAUUUACAUGAGUGGUUGGUAAAACUUGCUAAGCUGCGCAACGAUAGUAGAUGGGGGUAACCCCUAAGGGCCGUGUUCCUAGAUUUAUGGCUGCAGUGCCCACAGGAGGGCUAGAUUUCACGCUAAAUCAUAGGUAGAGUUGUUGGAUAAAAUUUGAGAACAUAAAGUAAAAAUACAGAAGCAUUAAGAGUUAUGAUAAUAGGCAUUGCAAUGAUGGGAUAAAGUUGGCCCCUGCCAGAGAGUCCAGCGUCAGCCCAUUCCCCUUCUUGGGAAUGUUUGGAUGUUCCAGGUGAGUCCUGUCAACCAAUGCCACUGCUCAAGGCCGAUUCUAGCAGAGCACUCGAUGGUGCCGAUGGGAACUGCUUCCAGUUGUCCCAGGGAUGCAGCAUGCGGGAGUUCCUCGUGGGUAUAGGUCGUUUGUGGAACAGUCCCUGUAGUGUGUAAGAGGUUGAGGCUAGGUCGUGGGUGGCCCUGAUGCUUUUCGCCUCUUGAGCGCCUUAUUCUUCCCCCUCAUUGGGCAUGUAUGCGUCACUUGUACCGGGCCAUUCCAUAUUGAGCUUUCCGCUCCCUCAGGGGGUAUGGCGGUCUCCGUUGCCGGCCAGGUAUGUCCGCCUUCAAGGGGCCUUUUGGACUCUCCAGCAGCGGAAGCGUGGUAGUAAUGGUGGGCCCUGCCUCGUGGUCUGCGCUUGUUGAGUGCUUUAAUACGGGUAACUCCCUUUGUCGUUGUCAGCCCCCGGGAGGUGAGUAUCUCCUCUGUGCCUGCAGGUUUCGGUCUGCGUUGCAGCUUCUGCCAGAAUCUAUUGAACAAGUUGUCCAGGCGUCAAGUGUUUUGUGUCGCCCGACUGUCUCGGCCUCGUGGUCGGCAGCCGCCAUCUUGGUCUCUUUGGCUCGACCGUGUGUGCAGUGUGGGCCGACCAGUGGUGAGAGUCGGAUGAAUGGGGCUGUUAUAUGGUGACCGGGAUGACCCCCACCGGUCUUGGGGGGGAGAGAGUGUUUUGCCGCGGUCCCUGUACCUACUUAUGUGCCCGGAGAGCAGCCUCGGUCUCAUGUAGGCCGCAAGCCUCGUCGUUUCAGGUCGGCUGUGGGGGCUCGUGAGAUGCACCAUUGGAUGCGGUAGCCUUUCCUGGUUAUGGGUACCGUGGUCUGCGGUCUGUGGGUGUCAACGUUCGGGUACAGUACCCCGUUUUUUGUCCCUAGACGUGGGAGCUCUUGCUGAGCACGUCUGGGCUGCUUGCCUGCUUGGCUCCGACCCCCCCUUGAGUUUAUUUUUUACAUUUGUACAAAACUAAUUUUGAGUCAAUUUCAGAUACCAAUGGAUUAUACUUUUCAGUUAUCAUCAAUAUCCAGAUAGCUAAUAUUUGGUCCAAUUCAAAUAUGUACCGAAGUGGCUUAUAGAAAGUGACAUUACAAGACAUAAUCUGGGAUGUCAGCAGUCAAAAACUUGGUUUUCUUCUUAGAUGUGAUAAACCCAUCUGUAUACACAUGCACACACUCCACUGCUAUGCUAUUGUUUUCACAUACCACAGUGGGUCAAAAAUGGCCCAGCAUUCAGAAAGACAGUUUUGCAGUUGGAAACAGACGAUUGAUGGAAAAGGUUGAGGGUAAGCAGAUUCCUGCCGGCUAUCAAUCACUUUGUCAAAAAAUGUCACAAUAUAACAGUUUCAAAGAAAUGUUGGAAAUGUGGAACAGCAGCAGCUGGACAAAUUGGGUUCUGCCCCUGUCAACUCAGAGUGGAAAAGCCUGACCUGAUAGGUUCAUAUUGCUUUUUGUUUAAUGCUUAUAACAAGUCCAGAUGAAAAAACCAGUGUUAACAGUGCAGAGCAGUGGUAGUCAACCUUUUUCUACCUACCGCCCACUAAUGCAUCUUUCUUGAUGGAAAAAUUUCCUUACCGCCCACCAGUUUUCGCGCAAGUGUGGAAUAUUUUUUAGAAAGGAGGGUGUUUUAAAAAAAAUAAAUAAAUGUACGUACAUUUAUCUUUUUAUUUCUACAUAAUGCAUGUUUAUAAUAUUUUUAACUUUAUAAAUUUUAAUUGGAAAACAAUAAAGUAAAUUGAAAUUACCUUUACUAGUGAUUAAUGAGAUCCUUGAGGCUGAUGCUGCAAGACUAAAUAUUUGAUAUCUGGUUCGAUAUUCGUAAGGAACAAACGAAGGUCUCCUCUUUUGGUGAUAUUCAGACGACUUCUCUGUUUGCGCAUAAUAGGAUUUCUCAUCUGUGCGUCAACUCAUGUCAUCUCCCUCCUCAAUUCCCCACCCCACCUUUUUUUAUCCCUUUUUUCUAUUUUUUUAGCCUUCCUUAUAGCAAUGCCCAGUAGGAAGGCUUAGCUCAGUAGCCCACUUACUAUAGCCCACUAUAACAGACAGGCACACAUGCAUUCACACACACACACACAUAAAAAGACACAUACAUACAAACAGACAGGUACACAUACAGACACACACAGACAGGCACACAUACAUACAUACAGAAAAACAGACAGGCACACAUAUAGACACACACACACACAAGACACAUACAUACAGACAGGCACACAUACAUACAGACACGCACACAUACAUACAGACACACGCACACAUACAUACAGACACACACAUCCAUACAAACAGACAGGUACACAUACAUACAGACACACACAUACAUACAGACAGGUACACAUACAUACAGACGCACAUACAUACAAACAGACAAGUACACAUACAUACAGACACACACAUACAUACAAACAGACAGGUACACAUACAUACAGACACACAUACAUACAAACAGACAGGUACACAUACAGACAGACACAAGACACAUACACACACACAUACAUACAGAUAGACACACACACACAAGACAUACAUACAUAGACACACACAAGACAUACAUACAAAGACACAUACACACAAACAAACACACACAAAAUAUUUUUGUCACCCUCCUGUUUCCUACCUUUUAGGUGCAGGAGGGUGACUUUCCCUGGGGUCCAGUGGUGGCUCAGGUGCAUGGGAGUUAGAGUUCCCACUCUGACUGCCUGGUCUUCCUCCCGCGCAGCUCUCAGUUUUAGCUGGGAGGAGUGACGUGCAGUCACUUCCUCCCAGCGUGUGAUGUAAUAAUAGGGGGCCCGGUCGCGCUGUUAAAGCGCCCAGUGCUGACCGGUCCCACUUACAAACCACAUCCAUCGGGUGGCCCUGACAGCAUGGGCCACCCGAUGGACCCCUUGGGUGGCGACCCCGGCGGUUUGCCUCACGGGCCGGGGCCGAAAAUGGUGACGGCGGUACCCGGUCGCACGGGUACCGCCGGCUCGCACCCGCCCUCCCUUCCACUUACUCAAUCUCUGAAAUCCCUACCGCCCACCUGGAAUCCUGAAACGCCCACUAGUGGGCGGUAGGGUCCAGGUUGACAACCCAUGGUGUAGAGAGAUGGGUGUUGUCAGUGGUAUUAACAGUGUUUAAAUUACACAAUUGUCAACUUUUCAGAGAUUAGCGGAAGAUCAUGUAAAUGAAAUACGUAGCCCUAUUUAUAAAAGAUUGUCUUCCUGGCCAGGUUUUUUUUACCUAUUGCUAUUUUCUAUAUCAACUGAAAUAGACACUUAACCCCUUAAGGACACGGCUUCAGAAGCUUGUCUUAUGCUUAAUGACACAAGCAAUUUUUGUAUUUUUUGUUGUUUGCAUUCAACUGCAAUUUGCAUCUCUCUCAUUUAUUGCACAGACCCAUAUUAUAUACUGUUUUUUUAAAGAACAGAAAAAUGUGUUUUUUUUGUUUGUUUUUUUACAGUUUUUGCAAUAGUAAUGUGUGCAUAAUCAGUGCAGGUCAAGGAAAGUAAUUUAAAAAAAAAAAAUUAGUUGUUCUGAUUUACAGAAUACAGUUAGUUACAGGUCACAAAGCACAAGGAGUAAAAUAAACUUUUAAUGUGGUGCGAUUUUAGAAUUUGGUAUGUUUGUCUUGUAGGUUUAGUAGCCAUCACAGAAAACAAAAUUGCCACACAAAAGUAUAUAUUUAUUUAAAGUAGACAUCACAGGCUAUUUACCGAAGGUUGUUUUGCCACUUUCUACGUAGCCAUUUCACCGCCAAUCUGUGCUAAAUAUUGGAUUAAUUUUUUUUUUUUUUUUUGGGCACACAAACUUAUAACAAAGAACUUCUCAUGUGUAUUUUGUAAAGUUGGUGUGUGCUAUUCCUGUACAAAACUUUAUUUUGUGUUCAGUUACAUCUGCUGAGUACAAUAAUACCCCCGUUCUAUAUCUUUGGCACUAUUUCGUGAAGCUACAGGUGCCAUAUAGGAGACCUGUCCUUUUCAGUAUUCACAGUAGAAUUUUCAGAGAUGGAUUUAAUGGGCCUAUGCUUCAAUUUGGGGUAUUAUAGAAGUUUGACAGUUCAAAAAAACCCCACAAAUGCCUACCAUUUGUAAAAGUAGACACUCCAGGGUAUAUCAUAUGGUGCAUAGUGUGCCUUAACAUGCCCCCAUUUUUUUCACCAAUAUAUGCCAAAGUAUGUGGUAAAAAAAAUUGGGGGCAUUUUUUACAUACAGAUUGCAUUUUUGCUGGGCAUUUUGUAUAUUUCAUAUGUGCCACUAAGUAAAAACCCCCUGCCCCAAAAUUAUGCCCAGGUUUGAUGGGUCCAUGUUUCAAUUUGGGGCAUUAUUGCAGUUUGAAUUUUCAAAAAAACAACAAAAUGGCCUACCAUUUCUUAAAGUAGACACCCCAGGGUAUUUCAAAAGGUAUAUUUUAAACCUUAGCGUAGGAUCAUUUUUUUGUUAGUUUGUACCCAGUCUAGUUACAAUUAGCAUUUUUUUCUGCCUUUUUGACACACACUUGAAGAUGUUACUGUAUAUUUUGCAAUCCUUAUGUGUGCUUCGGCAGUAUAACACCUAAUAUGUUGCUCAGCUAUGUCCUCUUAGUGCAACAAUACCCCCAUGUGUACCUUUUUCAGGGAUAUGUGGAUGUUGAAGGGGCACAUUGGAGAUCAAGCCAUAUCAGUUUUUACCGAACUUUGAAUUUUGAUGCUGGGGACAUGUGCAAUUUCCAAGCACCUUGGAGACACACAACUUUCAUAUUUUUCAAGAGUGGAUGCUUGGCCCAAGUCUCAUUUUAGCAGCUCAGGACUGCAAAUUACCUCUCAAAGGCCACAUAUAUUUUUAAGUAUAAGCAGCUCAUCAAUUCAAAUUAUGAACAAGUGCAUACUAUUUGCUGUGAAAAGGAGGAAUAGUUGGUGUAAACUUAUCUGGGGGUAGUACCCAGUCAUCUGCGUCCCGGGCAAAGCUGUCAUGGGUUCCGAAACCAAAACACAGAGAGACCACAAAGAGAGAGAACACAGAGAGAGAAACUUGUGAUACCGGUCCUUAGAAUGGCCGGGCUAUACAAGCAGAGAAUAGUCAAGGUACAAGCCGGGGUCAAAGGAGUAAAGAGAAACGGAACAACGAUAGGACAAGCCGAGGUCAAGGAUCAGAGAAGACAGGAUAAAUUGGAGAAAACGCCAAGAUUCGGUAACCAAUCAGACAGAUGACGAAAAUCACACCCCAAAACUGGUCUGCUUAUUCGGCCUGGGUGUGGAAAAUUUUAAAACAGUGGCCAAUACAUAGGCCGGGCUGAGAUGGGCAAUCAGGGCAGUAGUAACUGGUUUCAGCUUGUACGCCCCUCUUGUAACACACCCUGCACCUUUUCUGCAGGGUUUUCUCUUUGGGGGUUGAUGGAAUCCUGAAGCAGAAGUGACCUGCCUCCAUUCUUCUGCUAGGCUCCACUGAUGGUCCCCCUCUGCUAGCAGUGAUCAAUCAGUAGGGAAUGGGUUAAUUUUUUAAAAAAAUAGAGGGAAAAGGGAUUAGGAACCUUUAAUAAUAUUUUCAAUUACUUCAGGGACACAAUGUAGCAACGAUCCGUCUCUCUCCACUUCAAAAACCCACAAGAGGUGGAGAGAGGCGGAUCAGAUAUCCCAGCAGCAUUGUGACCGCUGUGACUGGCUGUCACAGCGAUCACAUGUGCUGGGACAUCACGAUUUGCUGUUGCUGGUCUGCCCCUGACUCGGAGGCACCCAGCGACAGCGUUAAUCCCGCUAUCGCCGGCAUCGCGGCAAUCUGGGGUUCAUUUUAAUGCAUGACGGACCGGGUCCGUCACCCGGCGUUAAGGGUCUCCCCAGGAUGACGGACCCGGUCCGUCACCUGUCAUUAAGGGGUUAAGAAUAUAGAUCAUAUUGUAGUCCCAUUUGCUGCAAAACAAGUUUGAAAAGGAAACUGUCGUUUAUUAUUUGCUGACUAAGCUGUGCUCUUAUUUCAAACAUAAUAUUUUUAUACACACAUAUGUAUUUUAGGUUCUCAAUCUAACAAAGUGUUAAGAGUAGAGAUUGUAGCUAUAUUAGUCCAGUGAUUCAGCUGUAUAGAUAUGUUUGUUGUAAUGUUUUUUUAUUGGACUAACAAACUUUCUGGAGAACUUCCCAUUCUAAAGCAAAACACAACACAUAGAAUGUUUAUAAUUAUACUUGAAUAUAAAUAGACACACGCUUCCCAUACUUAAAUGCAUUUAGAUGUAUGUGUGUGUAUGUCCAUAUCUACAUGGAUCAGCCACAACAUUAAAACCACAGACAGGUGAAUUUAAUCAUUUCAAUGGUGCCUCUCAAUGGGGUGGGAUAUCUUAGGCAGCUAGUGAACAGCCAGUUUUGACAUUUCAUGUCUUCAAAGCAGAAAUAUGGGUAAGCAAAAAAUCAGAGUAACUUUGACAGUGGCCAAAUAGGGAUGGUUCGAUGCCUGGGCCCUUUCAUCUCCAUAGUGGCAAGUUAUGUGGUGUGUUGCCAGUAUGCAGUGGUUUAUACUUAUCAAAGGUAGUGCAAAAAGGGCCAACUUGUGAACCUACGUUAGGGUAAUGGGCGCCCACGGCUCACUGAUGCACAUGCAGAGCAAAAGAUAGCCCCUCUGGUCCGACCACACAAAAGAGCUGUAGCUCAAAUUGCUGAAAAAUGUAAUGCUGACCAUGAUAGAAAGUUGUCAGAGCAGACAUUGCAUUGCACUUUGCCAAGUAUGGGGCUGUGUUACCGCAGACUGGUGAGAGUGCCCAUGAUGACCCUUGUCCGCCGCCAAAAGUGCUUUCAUUGAGGACAUACAGCCAUUAAUUUCUUGCCAACCAGAGGUCUCUCCCUCAUAUUGCAUAUAUAGAAAAUAUUCCCAUGAGAUGCAAUAGCUGACAUAGUAUGGUAAAGUCUGUAGAAAGACUUUCUCCACUAUGAGAGCUCAGUUUGCAGCAAGCCCUGAAGGGACAAAGAUGGAUUAAUUUAAUUGCUACCUGUUUUGGAUUAUUUUUUUUUUGUUCCACUAGUUGUGUAGGUUAUUAUGGAUUUUUAUUUUGCUUUUUUUACAUCUGAACAAAAAGAAGAGUUAGAAUAAAGAAGACUUCAGAUGUUCUGUUUUAUUACAGGUAUAAUUAUUAGUUUUAUUCUCCCCCUUACUGUAACAUAUUCAUCCUCACCUUGCGGUAUUAGCACUCAGCGGCCAUGCGUCUGUGUACCUGACUCCUGCGACAUGUUGAUGGAUGCCAGCCGCUGCGGAUGCACACCAAAUCAUAGCCCUACUUCCGCCCACGUUGAUGACAACGUAGACGCACAUGUGACGUCACGCGGGAGACGCGCACGCAAGUUCUGGUGUCAAGGGCUGAUUUCGGCCAAUCAGAUUUGUAAAGGGCUUAUUUAAAUGCAAUUUAACUUUUCCUCAUUACCCUGUUAUGGUUUCCCUUAGUGGUUGUCCGAGAGUGUGUUCCUUAGCGUUUAUUUCUGGUUAUUGACUUUGGCUUCGUUUUGACUUCCCUGUAUUCUGGUAUCCCUGACUUCUGGCUUUCCCGUAUCGUUGCUUCCCAUUCUGUUGUCCCCAACCUCGGCAAGUAUUCUGACUAUUCUUUGGUACGUUAAUUAGACCAUUCUAAGGCCCAGUAAGACGUUACCUUUUUUAGUCCUAGGUGUAAUACAGUUCUUCGUGCUGGAUCAACUAGUAAUCCUGAUACUUACUAUUAUUAACGUCAACCUGGAUAGGUAGGUUUAUUUAUUUCAUUUUUUUAUGGAGGUUCACUAGGUAAUUGGGGACCACUACUCACUUUAGGGUGAAUGGUAAACAUCCAGCUACUUGGGGGGUGAGCAAUGGCAUGUCCACCUCCCCCAUUGUUUUCUUCUUUAGAGCCCCCACCUGUCAUCCAUGUGGUUGUGGCCAAUGACAGGACCCAUAUUAUUAUUAUGGCCCCCACCUGCAGCUCAGGAGUGGGUGCUGGGGGAGGACCUAAUGCUGAAUAAUUUUAUUAGGGCUGUCACAUAGCAGCCAAUGAGUGGGUAGGAGAGAUUUCCCUUAUAUUAUAAUAGUCCACAACUGCUGGUCACAUGUGGGAGAAGGAGGAUAAUAUAUAAUAUAUUAUUAUAUAAUAUAGAAGGAGGAUUAUAAAUAUAUAAUCAUUUAUUUCAUUUUUUUUAUUGUAUAAAUUGUUUGUAUGUUAAGUGAAAGUAUGUAAAUCAUCUCUGCAAAGAAAAACAAAAUAAUAGAGAGUUUUUUAAUCUGUAGGAAGGGCAAUAAGAGCUGUUGUUUUAGAGCCCAUAUGGCUAUGUAUCAAUAGAUCCUUGAGGUUGUUUGCUCUACGGGCGAUCAUUGAAGGAUAGGGUGGUAGAGACUCUUGCAGUUCACUGUUAUGUUUCAAAAUUUGCCAGUUUCUUUUCAUGAUUUUUUACAUUUCUAACUAUCCUGUAUCGCUGUACAUCUUCUCACAGGUUGACCUAAACUUGUUUUUUUUUAGAUCUCAGACUGUUAGAUCUGUUCUUUCGGCAAGCCUGCUUAAAUGCUCGCUUAAAGACUCUAUUUGGAUACCCCAGGGCUUUCAAGCGUAAACAUAGAUCUUUACAUUCAAGUAGAAAGGAGUCGUUGUCCAAACAAUUUCUCCGUGCUCUGAGAUAUUGUCUAUAUUGAUAUCUUGAGUUGGUGUGGGUGGUGACUAGUCCAGUGCAAAAGACAAUUAGUUGAGGUGGUCUUUCUGUAUAAUUAUGUAUGUAUAGAUCCAUCUUGAUGUAAGAGGAUCUUAAAGUCUAGGAAAAUCAUGGUGUCUUCGCUUAGUACAUGAGUAAGUUUCAAAUUGAUAACAUUUCUGUUAGAUUUCGACAUGUUUUUCAAACAUAGGGAUAUAGCCAAUCAAUAGGAGCAGUAUGUUGUCUAUAUAUCUAUAGCAAAUGAGGAUGAAUUCUUGGUAUAUAUUAUAUUCUGAAGAAUUGACGACACACUGCUCCCACCAACCCAAAAAAAGUUUGCAUAACUCGGCGCGGAAGAUGUUCCCAUCGUAGUCCCAGUUAGCUGAAGGUAGAACUUCCCAUCGAACAUAAAGUAAUUAUGUAGUGAACAAAAAAACACAAUGUGCUAAAACAGGGUUUAGGUGAUACUACCCCUUUCAAACACAACAGUGUAUAGUGCAGCACUAAAAAGUCAGGGCUUACCCAUACGUCAUAAAAGGUUUUCGUACUUAUACCGAAAAAAAGAUAAAAAGAAAUAUACAAUGGUACAAUAUUGUUUACAAUUGGUAUGAAUAAAAUACAAUUUUAAAAGGUAAUGCUCACAAUUCAAGAGCCUUUUAGAUGUUAUGGCUCCGAACGCACUGGUUUUCUGUGCUUUUAAGGUAGCAAAAGGAACCUUCUUGCUUGUAUCCCUUUACAGACUCCAAUGUGAUAUGUACAUGACAUGAGACUAAAAGUGCAGAAUAAUAGUGCAGAGUGUUUUUGAAAGUUUACAACAGAUCAUCCAUAAUAUGUUGGUCACCUGGUUUGGAGCCCAUAUGUUGGCUCCAAGUUUUAGCACCUGCUUGCCAAUUAUGGAGUGGAUGGAAUAGAUAUUUGUCCCAGAGGACUCAAAUUAUUGAUAAAAAUAAUUUAAACUUUUAUUAAAAUACAAACAAAUAUCUAGUAGAUUUCCUAAUCCCUGGGUUUUCAGAGGGCUUCCAUGCGGGUAUUGUACAUAUGCCUUCAGGGAAUCUAGAAUGCCCUAACAUGCAGUCAGCACAGCAGAACCCAACGGCUGUAAACACACUCUUAGCCAAAGAAAUUGCAGAAGGGUUUCUACUUGGGCCUUUCCAAUUUCCACCAUUACAGCAUGGACAACAAACCCCAUUGGGAUUGUCACAGGGAAAUCUUCCCUCAAACAAAGACUAAUCAUAGACUUGUCGGCACCACACACCUCUGCUACCCCAAGUCUCAACUCCCUCAUUCCGAGGAGUUUUCCUUACAAUACGCCACCAUUACAGCUAUCACUCAUGCAGGGGUUGGAGCUUGGUUAAGUAAGCCUGAUAUCAUCAACGCAUUCAAACUGCUACCAAUCCACCCCACACUUUGGCACUUACAUGGCAUUAAAUGGGCAGGUAGUUACUAUUUCUUCUCCUGCUUAACUUUUGGGUCAAAGAGUAGCCCAAAUAUCUUCGAUAUAUUCGCUGAAACUCUUUGCUGGUUGUUAUUAAACUAAUCCAGAUGCCCCACAGUCAUACACUAUCAAGAUGACUUCUUGAUGGUCGUAAAGAACACCUUUCCCCCUAGAAGCCUCAAGGAAGCCAUUAGACACACCUCUGGAUUUUAUUGGUCAAUGUAUCAUUUAAAUGACGACAGUUAAGCAAUGGCUUCAUUCAUGCCUCAGACGAAGGCACUUUAGCAGCGCCCGAAACGCGCAUCAGGCUUCUUUUGUAGAUUUUAAAAUCACUGCACAAGCUUAAUUUAUCACUUUCAUUAUAGUGGGAGGUUUGUUGUGAGAUGUUACUCUCACAUGUCUCAACCUGUUCAUAUACCAACAAUUAGUCAGCAAGGGACAUUAGUAUCUUCUUAGCCCUGCAACUUUUCAAAUUACUUUGGAUCAUAAAGCAAUAGUGUAUCAUAGAGAUUGUGAUACAUUAUGUCCAUAUUUAUAUAGAAUACAUGCUGAGCGGUUUUGUAGCAUUUAACUACUCAGACCAAGGAUUUAUGAGAACAGCAGACUAUAGGAAUCACAGCUGUCUCAAUUAAAAAGAAGGUGACAACAUAGAACAUUGAUUGGGGGAAUUCCCUGCUUUGGUGCGUUCCCUUAUGUUCGUGGAAAUUUCCCCGAACAUAGACCAGUGCACCAGAGCAGGGAAUCCCUUAACUCCUCACUUACCGACCAAUUCGUUCUACGAUCAGGUCGUAGGAACAGAAAUUGGUCAGCAAGUGAGGAGUACCUGUACUUGAAAAAUGUUUUGAGGUUGGUUUUGCAUUCUUUGGCAAUCAAUUUCUCAUUUUCUAGUUUAGCCACUUUGUCUUUUUGCGAGCUUUAGUGGUUCCUUGUAUCUUAUUACAGUCCUAGAGUGGCCUAGCCAGUCUCCAGACAUUAAUUCCAUAGAAAAUCUGUGGAAGAAGUGGAAAAUUCGAGUUGCCAAACGUCAGUCUCGAAAACUUAAUGACUUGUAGAGGAUCUACAAAGAGGAGUGGGACAAAAUCCGUCCUCAGAUGUGUGCAAACCUGUUGGUCAACUACAAGAAACAUUUGAACUAUGUAAUUGUCAACAAGGGUUUUGCCACCAAGUACUAAGUCAAAGGGGUUAAAUACUUAUUUCACUCAUUGACAUGCAAAUCAAUUUAUACCUUUUUUGACAUACGUUUUUAUGGAUUUUUUGUUGUUGUUGUUGUUGUUCUGUCUCUCACUGUUACUGAUAAUUACUUUGAUAGUGGGCAAACGUUCAAAAUCAGCAGGGGAUCAAAUACUUUUUCCCCUCACUAUAUAUAUUUGGGCAUUACUAAUUUUUUUUAUCUCCUAUUUACAGCAGCAGGCCAGACAUUAGUUAUUUUUUUUUUUCAUUACGUUAAAAGGCCAUUAGGCCUGUAUUUGUGGGAGGAUUAUGUCCCCUACUUAAACUCACCUCUGCCGUUCACGCUGAUUUACUCCCCAUAGCAACCAGCCCUUCCGAUCCGAGAUACCUGCCAAAAAGUUCCUGUCGCUGCAGUGUCCACUGCCUCCGACCUCCGGUCCUUCCACCCGGCUUCUCCACAGACGCAGUACCCUGCUUCUGUUUACUCGCGACCCGACACGUAAGCACCAUGUGGGAAAUAACGUUUGGUUAUUUCCCACGUUCGGGCCUAAAAAUAGGAUAGGCUAGGAAUUUGUUUGUUAUAGUCUUUUGUUCGUGCGGUAAAUUCAGUUGACCACUGCCUGUAUAAUCCAUUUCUUACGUUCAUCCGUUCAUGCAGUAAAUUUAGCCGACUACUGCCUGUAUAAUGCAUGCGAAAUCCUCAAACAUUUGGUAGUCAUUGGCGAUACCGUUAUUUCACCUAGUCUUUCGGGUAAAUCAGUUAAAUCAUUCGUUCAUAAAUUUGUAUGGUUUCUAUGCUGCUGCAUGUAUUCACUUAUUUUUCUCUCUUAAAUUUAAAUUACUCGUUAUGUUUAUCAUGUCCUCAAGGCCUCACUCAGCCUCCAUUGGUUACGCCCCCCCCUCCACUCCCAGUUCGGUAUCUAGAAGUUUUGUCUCCAUAUGGACACUAUGCACCUAUCCAUACGUUUCUACACUACACUACACUACUUUACCACUUUAUCUGUUGUUUCCACUUUCGUUACUUAGCUCUGUUUCAUAAUUUCAGGCUCCUCGUAUUACUACGCCUACAAAUAUGGACUGUCAACCUGGUAUCCUGUCAUUAAGUACCAGGUAUUAUAAUAAUCUUACUCACUACGAUUACUUCAUCUCCUUAAGGCCUCACACAGCCUUCCCUCGUUGCGUUGCCCCCAAAAAUUAUUACUAGGGGCUUGUCUCUAUGUAUGGACCAACGUUCAGGUCCAUGUUGUCAGCCUCUAAUGACCCUCCUAGCUCGUCUGAGCACUAACUAACAUCAGAUCCCCUAUCUCUCAGGGUUAAGCUAUAACAAAAUAAUAUUGGUUUCACCAACCUAGUGUCUUUUUCAGCUCUCAGCACUCCAGUGUUUAGUCAGCCUGCUGCUUCCAGCUCUUCAAGAGAGAAACAAACAUUCUCCGCUUACCUGCCUAGCAGGGAGGGGCUUAUUCCCACUGCUGCAGCUGAUUACCUGCAGCUGAGCAGUGGGUUGGAGACAGCCCAAAAACCCUGGCCUGGAUCUAUGUCUCCCAAGAAAACCGCUAAACUGCGGAGUGGAGCACUGGCCCACCCUGCUCUCCAAAUGCUCCACCCCAAGGGCCCAUAACUAAAUAUUCAUUUUAUUUAUAUACACACCGUAAAACACACUCCCCCUGGGGUUAAAAAUCAUAUGCCUCUCUGAACAAUUCAGUUGAAAUAUAAACUCCCUCACAUACCACCCCAUUCACCUUAUCAUAUAUCCCCCUCCCCAGCUCAGACCCAUCGGGGCGAGCGGCCCGGGACCAUAGACAGUGAACUCGGGAGAGGCCAUCUGCAUUACCUUGGGCAAUGUGAGUAAUGUUAAACUGGUAAGGCUGAAGACUUAGGAACCAUCUAGUCACCCUGGCAUUUUUUUCUUUGUUUUGCCUCAUCCAUGUUAAAGGAGCAUGGUCUGUGAUCAGCGUAAAACGUCUCCCCAGUAAGUAAUAUCUCAAGGAUUCUAAUGCCCAUUUUAUUGCAAGACAUUCCUUUUCCACUACAGAGUACCUCUGUUCAUGGGGAUUCAUUUUCCGGCUCAGAUACAUGACAGGAUGUUCCUCUCCUUCAUGUACCUUUGAAAGAACUGCGCCAAGGCCCACAUCAGACGCAUCAGUCUGUAUCACAAAUGGUUUAGUGAAAUCCGGAGCCACUAAAACAGGGUCAGCACACAAGGCUGCCUUCAAGACUUGAUAGGGAUGCUCCGCUUCCGGGGUCCACUUAACCAUAACCGGGCCUUUUGCCUUAGUAUGUUCAGUCAAUGGGUUGGCAAUGGUAGCGUACCCAGGGAUGAACCUGCGAUAGUAGCCGGUUAAGCCUAAAAAAGCCCUGACUUGCUUUUUAGUUACAGGACGUGGCCAACUGGUGAUGGGCGCUACCUUGCUCUCUUGUGGUUUAAGGAGCCCCCGCCCGAUAGUGUAACCCAGAUAUUUUGCUUCUUCUAGCCCUAAAGAACACUUAGCAGGGUUAGCUGUCAAACCAGCAGCCCUUAUACUAUCCACAACUGCCUGAACCUUCAUCAAGUUGGUUUCCCAGUCCGCACUUUGAAUCACCACAUCAUCCAGGUAGGCGGCUGCAUACUCCCUGUGGGGGUGAAGUAUCUGAUCCAUCAUCCGCUGAAACGUGGCUGGGGCACCAUGCAACCCAAAUGGCAGUACUUUAUAUUGGAACAACCCAUCAGGGGUAGAAAACGCGGUUUUCUCUUUUGCUUUCUCUGUCAGGGGUACUUGCCAGUAUCCCUUGGUGAGGUCCAAGGUGCUCAGAUAUCUGGCCUUACCUAAUCGCUCUAUUAGCUCAUCCACACGAGGCAUCGGGUAGGCAUCAAACUUAGAAAUAUCAUUUAGCUUACGGAAAUCAUUACCGAAACGGAUUUCCCCAUUGGUUUGGGCACUAACACAAUUGGGUUGUUCCACUCACUUUGUGACACUUCAAUCACCCCCAACUCAAGCAUCUUUUAACCUCUGCACUAACCGCUUCACGUCUAGCCUCAGGUAUCCUGUAAGGCUUCAGAUUGAUCUUCUUCCCAGGUUCAGUUAGGAUAUCAUGCUUGAUUAUAUGUGUUUUCCCUGGUAUUGGGGAAAACACAUCUCUAUUUUUAGACACAAGCUCCCUGACUUCCUGUUUCUGAUGGGGGGCAAGAGUAUCAGCGAUGUGCACCUCUGGACCCUGCUCACGAGUGGCUUGAGUAGGAUUAUCUCUGGCUAUGAUGAGAACCUCUCGUUCUACCCAUGGAUUCAAUAAAUUUAUAUGAUAGGUCUGUUCUGGCUUCCGUCUGCCUGGCUGUCUUACUUUAUAGUUUAUGUCACUGAUCCGCUCAGUGAUUUCAUAUGGCCCUUGCCAGCUGGCUAAGAAUUUGCUUUCUACAGUGGGAAUGAGAACUAGGACCCUAUCACCUGGUUUGAAUACCCGUAGCCUUGCGUUCUGGUUAUAACUUGCUUGUUGGGCUCUCUGGGCCUUUUCGAUGUUUUCCCUAAGUAUGGGAAUUACUGCUUUUGAGCUACAUGCUCUAUAAGACUAUGGUGGGGGUAUGCUCUUGUUCCCAUGUUUCCUUGGCAACAUCCAGUAUGCCUCUUGGAUGCCUACCAUACAUCAACUUGAAAGGUGAAAACCCUGUGAAAGCUUGCGGGACUUCUCUAAUAGAAAACAUGAGGUAUGGUAUGAGAUAAUCCCAGUUUUUUCCGUCCUUGUCUAUCACCUUCCGCAGCAUAGCCUUUAGAGUUUUAUUAAACCUCUCCACUAAUCCAUCAGUUUGCGGAUGGUAUACUCAGGUUUUCAGUUCCUUGAUUCUGAGCAAUUUGCACAAAUCACGCAUGAUUUUUGACAUAAAAGGGGUUCCCUGAUCUGUGAGAAUUUCCUUGGGUAUGCCCAUCCUGCUAAACAUCAUCAGUAAUUCCCUUGCAAUAUGUUUAGAGGUGGCAUUCCGUAGAGGUACUGCCUCUGGAUACCGUGUUGCAUAAUCAACAACAACUAAAAUGUACUGAUGUCCUCUAGCAGACCUAGGCAACGGCCCUAUCAGGUCCAUUGCUAUUCUUUCGAAUGGAACCUCUAUGAUGGGAAGGGGUACCAACGGACUACGAAAGCCCUUAUGUGGAGCUUUCUGUUGGCAUUCUGGGCAGGAUUUACAAAACCUCUCUAUUGCCGAAAAUAUCCCUGGCCAAUAGAAACGGGUCAGAAUUCGUUCCUUCAUUUUUUCAAAACCAAGGUGCCCACCUAACACAUGGCUAUGGGCUAGCUUUAAAACAGUGGUUCGGUGAGAUUGGGGAACUAACAACUGUUCUGCCUCCUCUUCCCCUUUCUUCUCUACUCGAUACAGCAGAUUAUUUUUCACCAUGAAAUAAGGAAAGCUUAAGAGCUUGUCAGGGUCCACCCUUGUACCCUCCACUAUUUGCACAUUCUCUCUUGCUGCUGUCAGGGACAUAUCUUCCCAUUGGGCUGCUCGGAAGUUACCAGGGGGACCUUCUUCUAUAGGGCCUUCAGUAUGGGGAGGUUCUACCUCAUUACCCAGGCACACCAAGGGUGUCUCUUGCUCGAUACCCAAUUCACAUUCUAUGUCGGAGAAAGGAAAAAUAUUAUCUAUACACUCUACCCCGGGUAGCUCCUCAGAGCGCAUUUUCGGAUAAGCAGAGCACUUUUCCCAUAGGUGGCAGAAAUGGGGAAAGUCCCUCCCUAAUACCACAUGCCUACAGAGCAUUUAACCUGUCCUACCUCGGUGCCAAACUCAACAUCUGCCGUGGGGUACGUGUAUACACACAAUAUCAAUCACUUGUCUGGUAUCUAAUUUCUCUGGCUGAACACUUUUUAUCAAGGUAACCGCACUCCCUGAAUCAAUCAGAGCUUGUACAUUCUUUCCUUCCACCCUCACCAUUAUUAAAUGCGUUGCAUUAAUAGCACUAGUCACCACACACAUCUUUGAGCAAGUCAAUACACUCCUAUGCAGAGCCCUUGUUCCUACAUCACACUGCAUGGGCUCUUCAUUCUCUGGACAGUUACGUGCAAAAUGUCCAGGCUCAUGGCAUUUAAAGCACCAGAGUUGUCUCUCAGCUUGGUCGUGUAGCCGUAAUGGAGCUGGUGGGUACCUUCUGCCACCCCAGUCAUAUGGUCCAAGGUUCGGUACAAAGUUUUGUCCUUUGUUUCCCACUUUCCCGCUUAUCCGGUUGUUAGCAGGUCGGGACUUCUGAUGGCUCCCUGGCGACAAAAUACCUCUCAAUCAGGCACAUCAUUGCUUCUGGAUCCUGAGGGUCCCCUUGGCAGACCCAUUGUCGCAGUCCUGUUGGCAGGUGUCUGAGAAAACGGUCCAUAACAACCAUCUCCACUAUCUUGGUAGCAGGGUUGCGCUCUGGCUCCAGCCAUUUCUGAGCGAGCCUGAGCAAUCCAUACAUCUGGACUCUGGUAGGUUCACUCACGUCGUAUGCCCAAUUAUGAAAUCUUUGGGCUCUAAUGGCUGGUGUUACGCCUAUGCGCUUUAGAAUUUCAGCUUUAAGUUGCUUGUAAUCCUGGGUCUGGUCGGAAGGUAGGUCUUCAUAGGCUUUUUGGCACUCCCCACUCAGGCAUGGAGCUAGAAGCCCCGCCCACUGGUCCAAUGGCCAUCUUUCCCGGGCAGCAACCCUCUCGAAAAUGGUGAUAUAAGCCUCCACAUCAUCUAUCUCUGUCAUCUUAUGCAGGAAGUCAGUGGCACGGAUAUGGGAUCCCCUUUCCCAGGGGGGGCUCCCUGCAGAUGGCAAUAUCACUCUCUGCAACACCUCAGUAAGGGCAGCUCUAUCCAUCUGCUGGGAUUCCUUCAGGUUCUCAACCUGUGUAACAAUUUGUUUCUUGUUGUACAGCGGUAGCCUGUACCAGAGCUUUCACCAGUUCCUCCAUUAUAGCACCAAGCAGGUAACAGUCUUAAAGGUACAGGCUACUUGUUUAACAGGUCUGCCAAAAUAAAGAGGAAAAUGUAUUCAUACUUACCGUAAUUUUCUAUUCCUGGCUAUUAUUCAUGGCAGCAUUUAACAUAUGGGUAGCUCCUCGCUCCAGCCAAUAUGACAGGAAUACUAAUUAAAGACUUCAAUUAUCCCUGAGUUAUAAGAUCCCAGAAUGGUAGGUUCCUCAGUCUAGUAGCAAGCUGAUCCAACAUAAUAAAUGGGUGGGAAACCCAAAUGCUGCCAUGAAUAAUAGCCAGGAAAAGAAAAUUACGGUAAGUAUGAAUAAAUGUUCCUCUUUCUUGGCUAAUCAUGGCAGCAUUUAACAUAUGGGGAAUACCCAAGCAGUAAAUACCACAGGGAGCGAAUAGAUGCUCAGAAAUAUUUAUUUGCUUUGAGAAGAACAAGAAUUCAGAACCGAAAGACCAAAUUGCAGGUGAGGAUCUGAAGAAAUGUCAAGUUUGUAAUGACUAAUAAACGUCCUUAUAGAAGACCAAUUAGCUGCUUCGCAAAUGCUCUCUGGUUAUACUCCAGACUCUGCAGCCCAUGAAGUGGCAAUCGAUCUGGUAGAGUGUGCCCUUAUACCUUUUGGAACUGGAACACCUCGGACCUUAUACGCUCUCGAAAUAGAGGAAACUGUUCAGGAACGGAGGGUAGAAACAGAGGCUGCUUCACCCUUACGGGAGCCCCAAGGGACAAUAAAUGGUUGGGGAGACUUCCUCCAAGGCUUAGUUCGUUGGAUGUAUACCAAAAGGCACCUCUUAAGAUCUAGGAUGUGAAACUUUUCUUCCAUCUCGUUUGACGGAUUUUGAAAGUAGACUGGAAGAAUAAUUUCUUGAUUUAUGUGAAGAGGAGAGACCACUUUAGGUAGAAAUUCUGGUCUGGGACGGAGAAUUACCUUGUCAUGGUAGAAAGUGAUAUAAGGUUCUUCUACUGAGACCUCUAAUGUCCUCCAUCCUUCUAGCUGAAACUAAGGCUAAUAGAAGAAGAGUCUUUUGUGUCAGGGUUAACAUAGGGAUAUCGUUCAAUGGUUCGAAAGGUUGCUCCAUCAAGGCCUGUAAGACUAAAGGUAGAUCCCAGGGACACUUGUAGACCCUGAUCGGUGGUCGAAUCCUAAGAACUGCCUUCAUAAACCGCCCAUCUGAUACCUGACAUGGCAGAGAUAGCGGAACAAUGGACCUUGAGUGUGUUCAGACUCAGGCCUCUGUCUAAUCCAGCCUGUAAGAAUCCUAAAACCUGGGAAAUAGAAGGUGACUUUAAAUUCAUCACAUCAAUAUGAAGCCAUUCUGCGAAGGCCACCCAUAUCUUAUAGUAUGUAGUAGAGGUAGAAGUCUUCCUGGAACGUAGCAAGGUGGAAACAACUUCAUCAGGAAACCCCUGCUCGCUUAAGGAUUGCCUUUCAAGAGCCAUGCAUGAAGACGCAGUUUGUGUGGUUCUGGGUGUACUAGAGGGCCCUGAGAGAGAAGGUCCCGGAAGACUGGAAGUUCCCAUGGAUCCUCUACCAACAGACCUUUUAGGAGGGGAAACCAUGGACGACGUGGCCAGAACGGGAUGAUGGCUAUUAUCCUGCAUCGUUCCUUGGAGAUUUUCUUCAGAAGGGUGGGAAUUAGCUUGAUCGGAGGGAACACGUAUCCAAGCUGAAAUGGCCAUCUUGAUGAAAGGGCGUCCUGGGCAUAUGCCAGUGGGUGAAAUCUCCUUGACAUGAAGCAUGGAAGAUGAGUAUUCUGAGCAGUGGCCAUUAAAUCCACCUGUGGGAGACCCCACAUCCUUACUAGUCGUUGGAAGAUCAAGCUGGAUAGCUUCCACUCCGUCUCUUUCACUUGAUGUCUGCUCAGGAAAUCCGCAAUCGUAUUCUCCUUCCCAGGAAGGUAUAAGGCCGAGAGACCGGCUACAUUCCUUUGAGCCGAAAUCAUGAUUGGCUUGAUUUCCUUCAUUAGUGCGCCGCUCCUGGUACCACCCUGAUGGUUGAUGUAUGCUACUGCCGCCCUGUUGUCUAUUCUCAGUUUCACCCAUUAAUGCUGAAUGAGAUAUUUGAAAUGUAGAAGAGCCAAAAAGGCUGCUCUUAACUCCCUUAUAUUGGAAGGAAGUUUUCUUGUGUGCAGGGGCCAUAGUUCCUGAACAAAGUGGUCCUUCAGAUGUGCACCCCAACCAUAUUGACUGGCAUCCGUGGUGAUGAUCAUCCAGUCCACCUCCUUCACAGGGAAACCCUUGGAUAGGUUUUCCCAGGAAAGCCACCAGUUGAGGGAUCUUUUUAUAUGAUCCGAAAUGGACAUCUUCAUCUCCUAUUUCUGGGAGGUCGAGUCAAACGUCUGCAGGAAGUAUUCUUGCAAAGGGCGGAGGUUCCACUGAGCCCAUCUCACUAGGCCGAUUGUGGAGGAAAGGGAACCUAAGAUUUUCAUAGUCCUUCUUGCUGUAGUUACUUCUUGGAUCUGAAAUUCUCGAAUGCGUGAAUAUAUGUUUAGUUUUCUGUCGUGGGACAGAGACACUACUGCUGAAGCUGGAAUACCAGCCUUCUGGCAGGCCGAAGUUGACUCUUCUGGUAGUUGAUUAGCCAGCCAAAGCACUCGAGUGUCCUGAGUGUCCAUUAGUCGAUGAUUCAGUAAAUCCUUGUAUGUUUGAGAAACUACCAGGAUAUCGUCUAGGUAAUGGAAUAUUGUUAUUCCCUUCUUUCUGAGCAAUGCAAUCACCGUCACCAGUAUCUUUGAGAAGGUCCUUGGUGCUGUACUGAUUCCGAACAGUAAAGCCUGGAACUGGAAAUGUUGAUCGUCUACACAAAAUCUGAGGAACCUCUGGUGAUGAAGGGCUAUCGGGACAUGGAAGUAAGCAUCUUUCAGAUCUACUGAGAUUAGCCAAUUUCCUUGGUGAACUGCCGGUAUGAUAGAGCGAAGAGAUUCCAUCCUGAAUUUUUUUAUUCUCAAAUGGAUAUUGAGUAGAUGCAAAUCCAGAAUGGGUCUCCAUUUUCCUUCGGGUUUCUUGACCAGAAAUAGAGGGGAGUAGAAACCCUGAAACCUUUGACUUACUGGAACAGGAACAAUCACCUGUUGUCGUAUGAGAUCUCCAGUGUACUGGAUCAGACCGUCUCUUUUUAUCGAAUCCAAGGGAACGCUGGUCCUUAUGAAUCUUGCUCGGGGAAUGUCCAUAAAUUCUAGAGAGUAGCCCUCCGUAAUUAUAGAUCUCACCCAAUUGUCUGGGAUCUCUGCCCAAACCCUUUGGAAAUGUAAAAGUCUUCCUCCUACCAAAGGUGUUUGGACAUAGUAACCUUCAGAACUGCUUGGAAGUACGAAAGGAAGAGGUAUUAGUUUUACCUCUGGUGGACUUGCUGGUUUGACCACUUCUCCAAGAGGUAGGUCUGUAAUAUUCACGGCCUGGUCUAUAAGCCUUACUGUCUCUAUAGGAAGGGUGUUCUCUAUAAGAGCGACGUUCUAGUGGAGGUCUUCUUGGACGUCUAUCCUGUGGAAGCAGGACCUGCUUGACAUCCAGGGCUCUUUUAAUGGCAUCUUCAAGAGGUUUUCCAAACAAUAAUUCUCCCAAAAAAGGAAGGGAACAUAAAUUAUGCUUUGAGGCCAUAUCAGCCCCCCACGAUCUGAGCCAUAAGGCACGUCUGGCUGCAACUGAGAAAGCCAUAACCUUUGACAUAAUCUUGAUUAUAUCCGUAGAGGCUUCUAAGAGCCAUUCACUGGCCAGUCUAACUUCCCUUAGGGAAUCAGCAAUAUGUUGCCUUUUGACACCUUUGUCUAAAUCUUCUUCUAUGUCCAGGAUCCAUACUCUCAUAGCUCUGGACAUAGCUGAAAUAGAGACCGCUGGGUGACAUCCUGUACCAGCUGCCAAGAAACAUUUAGAAAUGUCCGCAUCUAUUCGUUUCUCCAUAGGAUCUCUCAGGGAAGCAUUGCAGUCUGUCGGGAGGAUAGAACGUUUGGUAACUGAGGCAUCAACCUUCGGAUUGGAAGUCCAAAGCCUGGAGUCCUCUUCACGGAUGGGGUAUAACUUAGGCAGACGGUUCUGCAGUGAAAGUCUCUUUUCUGGAGUCUUCCAUUCAUUACUUAUGAGAUCCUUGAUGGACCUGUGUACCGGAAAAGAAGGUUUUCUUUUACUGAGGUCCCCAAAGUGUUUGUCCGCUGCUGAGGUUUCCAACACCUCUUCAGGUAGUUCUAGUGUUCUUCUCACCAAAGAGAUCAAACGCUCUAUUGCUUUAGAGUCAAGGGGGCAGGAGUAUUCUUCAUCACUAGAAGACAUCUGUUCAAGGUCUACUGAACCUGAAUCCUGUCCGAAAUCUUCAUCUGAAGAAUCAAUAUUCACCUGGGGAUAUUCACAUUUGGGACGUUUGCCUUUUUGUGAUUCAGCAAUACCUUCUGCCACAGCCUGCUUAAUCCACGAGGCUAUAUCCUGGGCUGAGGUGGAUGCUUGUGGUUGUUGCUGGAAAUCAGCUUCACCUGCCACUCUAGCAAGACAUUUUUUGCACAGUCCUUAAGAAAAAGUCCUUAAGCAGACUACCGGAUGAUGACUGGCACACCUACAGACCCUCAAUGUGUUACUAUGCCCACGUUCUCCACCAUAUUGUGAUCCUUGUCUGCAGGUAGCACGGUCCUUUUGGGUACAAACAUGCACAGUCUUUAAAAGGAACUUAAUUCCAAGCACUUUAUUUGUAAAUCCACACAGGAGACAGCAGUAGAUGAAAAAAAAACAAUAAUGUAACAAAAUUCCUAUGAACAAAAACCUAGCUCGUCUGAGCACUAACUAACAUCAGAUCCCCUAUCUCUCAGGGUUAACUAUAACAAAAUAAUAUUGGUUUCACCAGCCUAGUGUCUUUUUCAGCUCUCAGCACUCCAGUGUUUAGUCAGCCUGCUGCUUCCAGCUCUUCAUGAGAGAAACAAACAUUCUCCCCUUACCUGCCUAGCAGGGAGGGGUUUAUUCCCACUGCUGCAGCUGAUUACCUGCAGCUGAGCAAUGGGUUGGAGACAGUCCAAAAAUCCUGGCCUGGAUCUAUGUCUCCCAAGAAAACUGCUAAACUGCGGAGUGGAGCACUGGCCCACCCUGCUGUCCAAAUGCUCCACCCCAGGGGCCCAUAACUAAAUAUUCAUUUUGGUUAUAUACACACCGUAACACACACAUAUAAACUCCCUCACAGACCACCCCAUUCACCUUAUCACACCCCACGCAUUAACUCACUCAUACCCGCUGAAGAGUUUUCACUACAGUAGCCACGAUUGAAAACGCCAUGCAAGCCAUCAUCAUAGCAGGCAGCAAAGCAUGGCUGACUAAAACGGAUAUCACUAAUGCUUUCAAGCUGCUACCUACUAACCCGUCACUGUGGCACUUACAUGACGUAAUAUGGAGGGGCAGAUACUAUUUUGCUACAUGUCUCACUUUCGGUUCUAGGAGCAGCCCUAAGCUAUUGGACAUCUUCACUGAAACCCUCUGCUGGCUGCUCCUGAGCAUAGUCAGGUGACCAUCAGUUAUUCACUAUUUAGACAAUCUUUUGUUGAUAGAAACUGGCUCCCACGCACCUAGCAGCAUUCACAGCACCACAACCCUCUUCACAUCACUGGAGGUGCCCCUGUCCCCAAACAAAACACUGGGGGCCACCACCAAACUAAUCCUUCAGGGUAUUGCACUGGACACAGUUGCCUUCAAAGCUAGCCUCCCACAAGAGAAAUUGGCCCGCAUUAGAGACAAAGUCGAUCUGUUCCUUCAGAGUGAAACGUGCACCACGAAAUGACUCCAAUCUUUAUUGGGGUCCCUUAGCUUCGCCAUGUGGAUCAUUCCACAGGGCAAAUCAUUAGUCUCUUGGCUGCUGUGUCUCCUACACGGGUACCCGACACUGGCACUAUUACCUUAAACGCACCUGCAAGGGCAGACUUACUCAUGUGGAGGAAUUUCAUGUUGGAGUGGAAUGGAGUCUACUUGUUCAUUCCCCCACUAUCCGACCAAUCUCCAAUAAUGCACACCGACGGAGAAGCACACACCAGGUUCGCCGCAAUAUUUGGCGACCACUGGUUUAGGGACAACUGGCCCACUGACACUGCUGCCUUGCCGGCCUUUAGAGAAACAUCAGCCUUGUUUGAGAUUUCCCCCUUCGUGGCAGCUGCCCAUACCUGGGGUCAUCUCUGGACCGGUAAGGCAGUCAAAUGCUACUCUGACAACUCAGCAGCUUGCUAGAUCAUUAUCAAAGGACGGUCAUCCUCAUUAACCAUCAUGAGGUUGGUCCGCAAGCUGACCUGGCUUGCAGUAACCACACAGUUUCACCUAGUCUACGAACACAUCCUGGGCCAAUAAAGAAUAUCCUUAAAGGUUUCCAUAAAGCCAUGGGUCCCCUUACAAAUAGCAGACUGCCUAUUGAUGGGCCCAUAUUCAGACAACUUAGCGACCUCUUAGAUGCCUCCCCUUUUGAUUCUCAGACCAGUUCAAUUAUUAAAGUCGCUAUAUUCAUUGCCUUCUACGGCUUUCUUAGGCCUAGAGAAUUCACUGUCAUACGCCAGUUAGAUGCCCACCUUAAGUCUCAAGCAUUCUCACUUGACGAAAGUCAAUGACCAUUAUGUCCUUUCGUUACUUACGUCCAAAACAAACCACACCAAUCAUCCCACUACCAUUCCUCUCUUCCCUACCGGACAUGCCUGGUGCCCAGUUAAAGUACUUGAUACGUUCCUAAGUUCUCACCACAUUCACUCACCUAACACCCCACUACUACUACUCCAUGGUCACCCACUCACCACUGCCAAGUUCACGUUUCACAUCAGAACUCUGCUACUAAGGUCAGGCUUCAACCCCGCUUCCUUCUCUGGUCACUCCUUCCGGAUAGGAGCAGCUUCAUCAGCAUCUAGCUCUAACACGCCAGUCCACAUCAUCAAGAGACUGAGUCGUUGGAAAUCCUCAAUUUACAAUGCCUAUAUCCCAUGACCGGAGAAAGAACUAAGACAAGCAUUCAAAUGUUUAGCAUUAUAAGAAGCAAUAAAGUGUGCUUUUCUGCAUCCUCCUUUUUGCCCUCUUUUUAUUACAGGCCUACUCGUUCAUUGGUUUCGGCACUCCUCAGCCAACUCUGCAUCUUCUAACACAUUCCAUAACCAAUUAAAUUCCAAGCACAAGUUAAAAGGCCAUUAGGCCUGUAUUUGUGGGAGGAGUGAUGUCCCCUACUUAAACUCUGAGCCCCUACUCACCUCUGCCGUUCACGCUGAUUGACCCCACCCACCUGCACCCAUCACUCAUUACAUUAUCAUCACUUUAGUAGGCCCUCUUUUUAUAUAUAUAUAUAUAUAUAUAUAUAUAUACAUAGAGAGAGAGAGAGUUCAAACUGAUGGUCCGCACUCACUGUCUUGGUAAAAUAUAACUUUUUUUAGUUACAUAUAAAAGAAAAGAUGCCAAUAAUUGAUCGACGUUUCAGUCCCGGUUCGGGACUUUCCUCAGGACAGCAUAACAAUACAUAAAACAGUGUAACUUUAUAUAAGAAUUUGGAAUGGAAAUUUUCCUUAAUAUAACUUAACGCAUAUGGCCAUAUGUAGAUAGUAAUCUUUUUGUUGUCAGUGGCAUUGAUAGAUUUAGCCUUAGCUACGGGGGUUUUAUUAAGCCCUUAUAAGUCCCCUCUACUGACCAUCUGUCAUGCACCUGAAAUUCUUUAUAGUCUUUGGAUCCACACAUUAGAAACACAUGUAUGUGAUUUCCUGAAAUAGGGAUUUUCUUCUAGCCUUUGAUAUAUAACAGUAGAUUAAUAAUAUUUUUUUUGAGUAAUAGAAAUCGAUAAGUCUUUGCUAUAUAGUUGCUCUGAACCUUUUUCAUAUCUGUUUAAUCUUUUUUUUUUUUUUUUCUUCAUGUUUAUAUGUAUUAACCAUGAAUUGAGUGUAUGAUACUAAUACUUAUGAUACCAUAAUAUCAUUCUACUGAAUACUGGUUUCUUCAAGCACAGCCUUUGCACUCUCUGUUUCACUAUACCUUGCACUUUAAUUCUAUGCACUGGUCACUUUAAUCACCACUUUCCUACAAUUCAGCAAGGCACGGUGGUAUAUAUAUACUUGGUAUUUCAUAUGUUGAUGGUAGACGCAAAUUAGUGCAGCCUUACCAUCUUUACACACUAUUCAUAUCGAUUAAAAUAUGAAUUCCUUGUAUCACUGCAUCAUUUGAUCCCAUUGCACUUUAUUAUCUAUAUCAAAUUCCUUUUAGUUUUAUGCACAAUCAGAUUCCACGCUGGUUGCUAUGGCGACGCCAGGAAGCCGAUCCUCGACACACCAGGAGGGCGGGCUAGUCCCCCUAUUGCUGUCCUAUGAAUGACGAGCAUCUGGCGUUUCCAUGGCGGCACGUACACCAUGCGGCACUACAGCAGCACGUAAACAUUAAACGCGGUCACACGCACGUGCAGUAGGCACAGGUAGACGCGGGUGAGACACACCUGGUAUAAGUUAAUGCAUUCCAAUUUCUUAUAUAAAGUUACACUGUUUUAUGUAUUGUUAUGCUGUCCUGAGGAAAGUCCCGAACCGGGACUGAAACGUCGAUGAAUUAUUGCCAUCUUUUCUUUUAUAUAUAACUAAUAAAAGUUAUAUUUUACAAAGACCGUGAGUGCAGACCAUCAGUUUGAACUCUGCAUAUCUGGAUGACCCAGGCCCAGCACUUCUAAGUAUAUAUACAUUUCUUCAGCCAGAAGUGCAAGGAAAUUAUGGAAUUAUAUAUAUAUAUAUGUAAAUAUAUAUAUAUAGAAGGCGUAUGCCUUAAGUUGUGGGAGGGAUUUAAGUCCUAUAUAACCCAGUAAACCCCUUGCUUACCUGUCUUCGUCGAUUCUGGAAAUUCCCGCCUUCGCUUCCGGUUCACGCAGACCUCUGACGUCAAUUUUCCGCGACGCUCGUAAAAUUACUGUCAGGAACUCGCACGCCAAGCUUUGUGAGUAUAAUCACACGAACGGAAUCCAUAUGGCAAUUACAACCUUAACUGUAAGUCUAUUCGAACAAACUUUUACACACUCUUUCGUUUAAAACAAACUUUUCGUACGCUGAAAUCAUUCGGCUGUAUAACACUCAAGUUCGUGCAAAACAUACUAACCAGUCAGUUCGGCUCAAUCCACUGUUCGGGACCUUUUAUAAACAGUUUCAUGCAAAUGUCUACUCAGUCACUUUGCCAUGCACUAUACAGGGAGUGCAGAAUUAUUAGGCAAAUUAGUAUUUUGACCACAUCAUCCUCUUUAUGCAUGUUGUCUUACUCCAAGCUGUAUAGGCUCGAAAGCCUACUACCAAUUAAGCAUAUUAGGUGAUGUGCAUCUCUGUAAUGAGAAGGGGUGUGGUCUAAUGACAUCAACACCCUAUAUCAGGUGUGCAUAAUUAUUAGGCAACUUCCUUUCCUUUGGCAAAAUGGGUCAAAAGAAGGACUUGACAGGCUCAGAAAAGUCAAAAUAGUGAGAUAUCUUGCAGAGGGAUGCAGCACUCUUAAAAUUGCAAAGCUUCUGAAGCGUGAUCAUCGAACAAUCAAGCGUUUCAUUCAAAAUAGUCAACAGGGUCGCAAGAAGCGUGUGGAAAAACCAAGGCGCAAAAUAACUGCCCAUGAACUGAGAAAAGUCAAGCGUGCAGCUGCCACGAUGCCACUUGCCACCAGUUUGGCCAUAUUUCAGAGCUGCAACAUCACUGGAGUGCCCAAAAGCACAAGGUGUGCAAUACUCAGAGACAUGGCCAAGGUAAGAAAGGCUGAAAGACGACCACCACUGAACAAGACACACAAGCUGAAACGUCAAGACUGGGCCAAGAAAUAUCUCAAGACUGAUUUUUCUAAGGUUUUAUGGACUGAUGAAAUGAGAGUGAGUCUUGAUGGGCCAGAUGGAUGGGCCCGUGGCUGGAUUGGUAAAGGGCAGAGAGCUCCAGUCCGACUCAGACGCCAGCAAGGUGGAGGUGGAGUACUGGUUUGGGCUGGUAUCAUCAAAGAUGAGCUUGUGGGGCCUUUUCGGGUUGAGGAUGGAGUCAAGCUCAACUCCCAGUCCUACUGCCAGUUCCUGGAAGACACCUUCUUCAAGCAGUGGCACAGGAAGAAGUCUGCAUCCUUCAAGAAAAACAUGAUUUUCAUGCAGGACAAUGCUCCAUCACACGCGUCCAAGUACUCCACAGCGUGGCUGGCAAGAAAGGGUAUAAAAGAAGGAAAUCUAAUGACAUGGCCUCCUUGUUCACCUGAUCUGAACCCCAUUGAGAACCUGUGGUCCAUCAUCAAAUGUGAGAUUUACAAGGAGGGAAAACAGUACACCUCUCUGAACAGUGUCUGGGAGGCUGUGGUUGCUGCUGCACGCAAUGUUGAUGGUGAACAGAUCAAAACACUGACAGAAUCCAUGGAUGGCAGGCUUUUGAGUGUCCUUGCAAAGAAAGGUGGCUAUAUUGGUCACUGAUUUGUUUUUGUUUUGUUUUUGAAUGUCAGAAAUGUAUAUUUGUGAAUGUUGAGAUGUUAUAUUGGUUUCACUGGUAAUAAUAAAUAAUUGAAAUGGGUAUAUAUUUGUUUUUUGUUAAGUUGCCUAAUAAUUAUGCACAGUAAUAGUCACCUGCACACACAGAUAUCCCCCUAACAUAGCUAAAACUAAAAACAAACUAAAAACUACUUCCAAAAAUAUUCAGCUUUGAUAUUAAUGAGUUUUUGGGGUUCAUUGAGAACAUGGUUGUUGUUCAAUAAUAAAAUCCUCAAAAAUACAACUUGCCUAAUAAUUCUGCACUCCCUGUAUAUUAAAAUUCUACAUGUAUAUUUAAGUAAUCUUUUAACAUAAUUAUGUGAUUUGAUUAAUUAAAAUUUGAUUGAGAUGACUGACAACACAGGGAGAAAGUGCAGAGAAUUUAAUUCGCAAGCACUAUAUUUGACCCUGUAACUCUCCAAGACACCAUAAAACCUGUACAUAGGGGGUACUGUUUUACUCAGUAGACAUCGCCGAACUCAAAUAUUAGUGUUUCAAACUGGUAAAUUGUAUUACAACGAUGAUAUUUUAAGUAAAAGUUAUGUUUUUUGCAUAUUUUACAAACGAACUGCAUUUUUAUGGACUAUAUUAUUGUUGUAAUAUGUUUUACUGUUUUAAAACACUAAUAUUUGUGUUUAGUGAAGUCUCCCGAGAAUAACAGUACCCCCCCAUGUACAGGUUUUAUGGUGUUUUGGAAAGUUAGAGAGUCACGUAUAAGGCUUGCAUUUCAUUUUUUUGACAUUGAAAUUUGCCAAAUUGGUUAUGUUGCCUUUGAGAGCGUAUGGUAGCCCAGGAAUGAGAAUUACCCCCAUGAUGCCAUACCAUUUGCAAAAGUAGACAACCCAAGGUAUUGCAAGUGGGGUAUGUCCAGUCUUUCGAUCCCCCGCUCAAAAAUAAACCAAGCAGGCCCUCUAGUAGAGAUUAAGUAUUUCCCUACCGGUUCCAAAUGGUGCCCAGUUCAAGUGCUAGAUAAUUUGAUUUAAAAAAUCAGCAUAUUAGAAAUCCAGAACUGCUUCUGUUGUCCCUACAAGUAAAGCCACUUACUACUAAACAGUUCAUGCUAUACAUACGUUCUUUACUGCUCAGACUUGUCCUCAAUCCAAAUUCCUUCUCAGGACACUCAUUCCGUAUUGGGGCUGCCACUGCAGCCUCAAGUAGUUAGGUUCCGACACAUAUCAUAAAAAAAAUGGGUCCCUGGAAAUCUUCUGCAUACAACCGGUACAUUCCAAACCCAGAGAAAGAAAUCAGACUUGCUUUCUAUAAUAUGUCUAAAUAAUGUUGUUGUAAUAAAUAAACAUGUUUGCAUACUUUUUGGCCCUCUUUUUUACAGGCCUAACCUCUCUUUGGUUUCGGCACACCUCAACCGACUCUUGUUUAUCAAAACUACACUCAGUUUAAGUGUACGCCCCUUUCAUAAUCCCGUACACAAAUAUAUAUAUAUAUAUAUAUAUACACACACAAAUAUAUAUAUAUAUAGAUAGAUAUAUAAUGUAUGUAUGUACAUGUGUGUAUGUAUAUAUAUAUAUAUAUCUGGGGGGGGGGUUUUGGGAGGGGGAGGGGGCAUUACUAGUAUUUUUUUAUUUCCUAUUGUAACGGAACCGCUGGCACCCCGACCGGGUACCUUCCGCCGACGGAUGCUCCUAGUGCUUUCCGAGGACUCCAAGCACUCUGCCUGACACCAUAACCACUGCAGACCCCACGAACCGCCGCAGCUUGGUUGGGAUCUCGCCGUCUCCACCCACUCUGGACCCAGGACCAGGGUCCAGCUUCCAGCAGGUCGACUUCUCUCCGAAUUCCAGAGAGCAGGAACAGGAACAAGCUCUUAGCAGAGCUUAGUGAUUAUACCCUGGGGAGUAUAGUGAUUAUAGCAAUCCCGAGAGUGUAGUUUCUCCAGUCCCCCAAACAUGAGCCGAAACUUCAUGAAGGUACAAGGUGAUCUGUUUAUUGGCACACAAAGAACCUUCUUUUAUGCAGGUCCCCAUGCAAGGGGACAACCAAUCACACAAUGGUUACAUCCCACACAUCUCCUCCCCUUAGCCUGAGAGGUAACCCAAUUAUCCAUACAUUUUAAAACACACUUUUUACCCAACUUUCAUAACUCUAAAACUAUACAUCACAUUCACAUAAAACUACAUAUUCACAAUCAAUCCAUCCAGGGGAACAACAUAUUAAAAAAUGGCCUGAAUCAGACCAGGGGUUCAGAAGUUAGCACAAGUAUCUUUUGGGGCCUGGCUGGCAGCAUGGAUAUCUGGCCCAAACUGGUUUCAGAGUCUUCUAUUCUGGAGAUAAUUGAGAAGUAAUGCAAUUAUCUCCAAGGACAGAGGCAAAACUCCAUUAGCCACAUGGCAGACAAAGGACAACAAAAGACAUAAAAAUACAUACUGUUACAUUUAUCACAUAGAACCUACACAUUUCCAAUUUACCGAACACAUAAUAGCAUAUAUAAUAUUGCAGACCGCCUGAAUGCAAUCUGCUACACAGUCUUAAAGGGACAUUGUUCCUAAAAGUCAUAUGUCCAGGGAUGGUUUUUAAAGGGCCAGCAGCAGCACCAUACAAAUCCAAUAUGCCCAAAUAUUGUACUUGAAGGGCCAAAUAACCCAGGGCCAUAGUCAUGUGGCAAGAGGCUGGCAAUCAGGCUCCUCCAACAGCCAGGGGAAAAUCCGGUGACAAAAAGGCGUUUCGUCACACCUAUUUACAGCUGCAGGCCAAGCCCCCCUGCAGGGAUAGCUAUGGUCAGCUACUCUGGCCAUGUGAUUGCUCUCCGUGAGAUCAAUCACGUGGCCCGGGUGGGGGCUCUCAGGUAGUUCCCAAGAAGCAGAGCGACGCAGAGGUAAGUUUGCUGUCAGUUGUGGGGCUCAAAGCUGUUACGGCGUUUUAUGUAUGCUGCCGCAACGGCUUUAAAGCACAUUAUAAUGCGGAUGGCAUAGAACGCCAUGACAGCAUUAGCGACCGCCUAAAUCCCAGCAGAUACCAUGGAGUGCCAGAUAUAAUUUGAGACCUGAGAUUCCUCUCUGUCAGUUGGUCCCAGACUAACAGGUUAGCUGUGUGAAUCACUCCAAAUGAACUCUGCACAUAGCUCCCAAUGGAUUCCAAAUAUGGUGACAGAGUGAGACAACUGGAGUCAGGUCUCCCUGCAUGCCCCCCUGCCUACAGUGACUGGACUUUGCCAGCUUACCUGCACAUACCAUACAGUAUGGUAUAGUACAUAGUGCUCUAAUUCAUAACCUGGGAAAUCUGUCUGGUGAUGUCAGCAAAGGGAAUCUCUGAGGUGGGGUGUAGGGUUGGUGUUAGGGGUAGGGUUAGGCGUACUGCUGCUCAGUAUGAUGACACAGACAGUGUCACUUUACGAAAUCAUGUCCCUAGUAAGUCAAAGACACAUGUCAAAAUUAGGCUGUCUGUCAUUUUACCCUACAAUCUCUCAAACUCCUGGUAAAGAUUUGGGGUAUUAUUGUACUAGAGAACAGUAGCAUUCCCCAUGAGAUUUUUGUGAAAAACACAAGCAAAUUUAAUGGAAACUGUAAGCACCAUAACUGAUUCAUCUCAUGGUUGUGGAUAUCGUGUCUGGAGUCUCUUGACUCUGUCCUUCCAUUAACCAUAAAACCAUUUUAAGUGUUAAACAAGUCCCCCCAUGCAUCCACUAAUAGUCAUGGGUUUAUAAAUAGUAGCGGUGGAUGGACAGAUUACUGUGAUUACUAUACUUUUGAAAUAUUGCUUGCUUAUUGCAUAUCAUAAAAAUUAACCCAUAGAGAUUUUCACUCGGUUGAAUUUCUAUGUAAUAUAACAGAACUAAAGAAAUGCAAAUUAUUUUGUAUGCUUUAUAAUAGAAAAAUUAGACUCUGUAGUAUAGCUUUCUAAGACUGUGUUUGUACAGUUGGCAUACUUGAAAGUUGCUAUCAGUAAUUUAUUACAGAAAGUGAUCAAGACAUAUGUUACUCGAUUUAUACUUGACAGAUGUUACUGCAGGAGCUGCGUCAUACAAAUUGACUAUGUACUUUUUAAAUCAAUCAAACAGUGCAUGCUUGCUAGUCUUCAUUUCCCAUAUGUCACUAUUUUAUCUGAGUUUAGUGGCGUCCACAAGCGGUCACACUGUAUGUCUUCUUACAUGAGGUCAGUAGAGCACACAAUGUAAUAAAGAUGUAAAUUUCUGACACUGUGUGAUGACUGCAGCUUGACAUAUAUGUUUAUAUUCUUAAUUAAAAAAAAUAUAUAUUUGUGAUUUGCAUUCAGGCAAAGAUCACUUCUUCUACAGUGCCAGAGAGAGAGCAUUUGAAAAGGGCUUGACAGAGUUCAGCAGAUUUGGCGUCUUGGAUAAUGCAAGGUAAAACACAACAGUUAUAGAUUAUUUUAGACUCCCAUUAUGGGUUCUUAUUCUGUGUUUGUUAUUUUUUUAUUUUUUUUUACUGAAUUUGAUCAAAAUUAUUUGCAUGAACUUAGUACAUGUUUGUUUUAAAUGAUUUGUGGAUGCUAAUCCGUUCCAGAGCAUCUGUAUGACCUGAAUGGUGUUAAUUGUCUGUGAAAUUGUAAAUUGUUAAUAUCAUGUCUUGUACAACAAUGCUUAAACAUCAUUUGUUUUGAACAGUGAGGCAAAAAUAUAAAAUGGAUGUUGCUAUGCUAGUUAAGUAUUAAAGGGACAACUUAGAUUUAGCAUGUUAUGUAGUUUAUAUAGGAUAUGUGAUUCAGCAAAUUGAAGCAAUUUUGUUUAUGUAAAAAUAUGGAUUAAAAAAACUGCUGUACGAAGUACUUACUAAACCAUUGCUGUUUUUUUAUUACCAUGUAUUACUGAGUAGUUUUACCAAGAAAUUCAAAGUGCAUCAAAUGUAUUCAUCUGAAAGAUAAAUAUAUGGAGAACUGCUUCUACUCGCUAUGCUUCUUUCUAGUCCACAGUCAAACGGAUAGAAGAUUAGAUGUUAAAGCUAAUUUCCUCAUUUUCCCCACGGCAAUGACUCUUCUUGAACCAAUGAGACAUUUAUAGUAAGAUGGUUUGGUUGGGUAUACAUCCUGUGUUCUGUAGUUGCAAAAAGGUUGGUUGCAAACACUAAUAUAUACAAAUGAAUAACACACGUGUUCACCACAGUGGGAACGGGUUAAAAAUAAAAUUUACCCUAAUACAGGAAUAGAUUGUAAGAAGAUUCCUUGGUCUCAUUUACAUACAUAUACAAAAAUACAAUCUAAAAAUGGAAAUAGAGAGAAAUAGCAGGUAAUGGUGUGGAAUCAAUUGCACUCACAGGAUAUCUGUAAAAUUCAGCUUAUCACAAUGAAGUCUCUGAACGGACUGUGACCCUUCCAGAUGUAGGCUGACACAACUAUCCCUGACGAAGUUCGAGAGAACGAAACGCAAGGGGUGGAGAGACCCCUUCAGCACAAGAAUUUUUAUUGGACUUUUAUUUGUUUAUUUAUUUUGUAAAGUUUGUUUAUAUUUUUUGGGCUAUCCUAUUUUGUCUGCUGACCGGAAGGAACAUCUGGAAGCUUCACAGUCCGUUCAGAGACUUCAUUAUGAUAAGCUGAAUUUUACAGAUAUCCUGUGAGUUCAAUUUAAAUUAAAUUAUAUACAUUUUAUUUUUAUCGGUGCACUAUGUUUUGUGUCUCUAUUUCUAUUUUUAGAUUGUAUUUUUGAAUACAAAGGUUGGUCUGCAGUUGCAUUUGGUCUAUUGUUUUCAACCAAAUCUGCAAUGGCCUGACAACCCAGGCCAAAAAGUCCAGAGAAUUUAAUUUGCUAGCACUAUAUUUAACGCUGUAACUUUUCAAGACACAAUAAAACCUGUACAUGGGGGUACUCUUUUACUCGGAAGACUUCGCUGAACACAAAUAUUAGUGUUUCAAAACUGUAAUAUGUAUUACAAGGGCGAUAUUGUCAGUGAAAAUGAAAUUUUUUGCAUUUUUCACACUCAAAUGGCACUUACACGGAUGAUAUCAUUGUUGUAAAACACUAAUAUUUGUGUUCAGCGAAGUCUACCGAGUAUAACAGUACCCCUCAUGUACAAGUUUUAUGGAGUUUUCAAAAGUUAUAGAGUCAAAUAUAAGGCUUGCAUUUCAGUUUUUUCACAUUGAAAUUUGCCAGGUUGUUUAUAUUGCCUUUGAGACCAUACGGUAACCCAGGAAUUAAAAUUAUGGCAUACCAUUUCAAAUAGUAGAUGACCCAAGGAAUUGCAAAUGGGGUAUGUUCAGUCUUUUUUAGUAGCCACUUAGUCACAAACACUGGCCAAAAUUGGUGUUCAAAUUAGUUUUUUUUGCAUUUUUCACACACAAACAAAUAUUAACACUAACUUCUGUCAGUGUUUGUGACCAAGUGGCUACUUAAAAAGACUGGACAUACCCCAUUUGCAAUACCUUGGGUUGUCUACUUUUGCAAAUGGUAUGCCAUCAUGGGGGUAAUUCUUAUUCCGGGGCUACCAUACAGUCUCAAAGGCAACGUAACCAAUCUGACGAAUUUCAAUGUGAAAAAACAGAAAAAUGUAACAUGCUAUAUUUGACCCUGUAACUUCCCAAAACACCAUAAAACCUGUACAUAGGGGGUACUGUUUUACACGUGAGACAUCGCUGAAUACAAAUAUGUGUAUUUUAUUGGAGUGAAAGUAAACAGUAUUAUGACACUUACAGUUAAAAAUGUCAUGUAAACUAAAAUGUUAUAUUAUUUUAGGACUAUACCUCUAUCCAUCCCAUUAUCCUUUUUUAAUAAAAUGCAUUCAGUUAUGUUAAAGUUCAUCUGGAAUAACAAGUCCAGCAGAAUAAAGCUCACAUCCCUGCAGCACCAUAAAUCCCAUGGAGGUAUUGGAGUGACAAAUAUCCGGAAAUACUUUUUUGCCACGAAUGCUGCAGUGGUUGUUAGCUUCAAUAGUCAAGUAAAUAGGCCACGAUGGAUGGAAAUAGAGGAAGCUAAAAUUCUCCCAUUCCAGCUUAAAGAAUUACCCCGGUUGAGUCCUGAAAGAAGGCCUGGAGUCGCUAAAUUAUUUCUAUUGACACAAACUACCCUUAAAGCCUGGGAUAUAUUUUUUAAAAACAAUCGCCACUCAGUGAAACUGUAUAGGGCUAUGCCGAUCGAACUACUGAAACACUAUAUGUCCUCUUUGGACUCAGAUCUGUUGAAGAAAUACCACUUGAACAAUAUAGAUAGUUUUUUCCACGGCAAUACUAUUUUAUCAUAUGAAAAAUUACAAUUUAAACAUAGAUUGAUGAAUGACUGCAAGGAAGAAUGCAUGUUGGUUAUUGAGAAACUGAAAGAACUAUAUAAUAUCUCAGACACCGAUAAAAAUUACAAAGAGUUAGAAUUAUCACCAAUGGAAAAAAAAUUUUGCACGACCCAAAUAGGAAGGGCACAAUAUCAAUGUGUUAUUUACUACAUAAUACCAAACCCACUGUUAAACUUAAGCACAUGCUAUCUUGGGAGGCGGAGCUGGGCACCCAAUAUGAGUUAAAGGAUUGGUUUAUUUUUUUAAAUCAUUAAAGGGAAUAUCUUUUUGCUCUGACCAUUUUGAAAAUCAUUUUAACAUUUUUGUAUCGAUGGUACUUAGCUCCGUCCAGACUACACAACAUGAACAACAUGUAUUCUGACCGGUGUUGGAGAGAUUGUGGCGGUUUGGGAAAUAUGGCCCACAUAUGGUGGUAUUGCCCAAAAAUAACCAAAUACUGGAAAAUGAUUUAUGACCUAAUCAUUAGGGUAGAUAGAAACAUUGAUACUUUCACCUCUGAGCUUGCUUUAUUCAAGAAAUUCCCUGAGUCCAUCAGCAGAAUUAACAAAAUAAUAAUAGGCCACAUUCUGAUAGCGGCCACCUCUUGUUUGCCUAGGUACUGGAAAUAUAAAGAUAUGCCAUCACUUAGAGAAGUACUGAACCUACUUCUAGAAAAUAAAGCGCACAAACUAUUACAUAGAAGUAACUCGUACCUCUUUGCACAAUUGAAGUAUGAUUGGGAUAUGUGGGAAGACGAAAUUAAAAGACCACUCUAGGCACCCAGACCACUUCAGCUUAAUGAAGUGGUCUGGGUGCCUGGUCCAGCUAGGGUUAACCCAUUUUUUCAUAAUUAUAGCAGUUUCAGAGAAACUGCUAUAAUUAUGAAUGGGUUAAGCCUUCCCCCUAAUCCUCUAGUGGCUGUCUCAUUGACAGCCACUAGAAGCGCUUGCGUGCUUCUCACUGUGAUUUUCACAGUGAGAGCACGCAAGCGUCCAUAGGAAAGCAUUGUAAAUGCUUUCCUAUGCGACGGGCUGAAUGCGCGUGCAGCUCCUUGCCGCGCGUGCGCAUUCAGCCGGCAGAGAGGAUCGGAGGCGGAGAGGAGGAGGAGAGCUCUCCGCCCAGCGCUGGAAAAAGGUAAGUUAUUACCCCUUUCCCCCUUCCAGAGCCGGGCGGGAGGGGGUUCCUGAGGGUGGGGGCACCCUCAGGGCACUAUAGUGCCAGGAAAACGAGUAUGUUUUCCUGGCACUAUAGUGGUCCUUUAAAAAAGCAUGUAAUCUGUAACAAUUUGUCCUAUUGUUGCAAUGUAUCACUCAAAUUGUAUGCCUUAUAUAUUACUAUAUUAUUUGUCACAUUGGAUGGAUCUCCCCUUCCCUCUUCCAAGUUUCCCUCCCCUUCCCAACCCUUAUUACAAUGUUUUUAUAAUUUGUUGUAAUGUUACAAAAAAAAAAAAAAUUUUUUUUUUUCAAUAAAAACUAUUUGGAAAAAAAAAUGUCAUGUAAAAAUUCUUAUUUUCUCCCAUUGUAUUCAUAUUAAAUUAUGUUUCAUACCUAAAUAUUUGAUUUUAAAUGAAAGCCCUGUUUCUCCUGAAUAAAAUGAUAUAUAAUAAGUGUGGGUGCUCAUAAUAUGAAAGAGGCAAAUUACGCCUGAACAGACAUAUAGCGCAAAUUAAAGUUUUUGUUUACAUUUUGUUUUGAUCACAACGUGUACAUUUGGCUCAGUCCUUAAAGGGAAACUCCAGUGCCAGGAAAACAAUCCGUUUUCCUGGCACUGCAGGUCCCCUCUCCCUCCCACCUCAAAAUCCCCAGUUGCUGAAGGGGUGAAAACCCCUUCAGUAACUUACCUGAGGCAACGACGAUGCCCCUCGUCGCUGCUUCCUCCUCCGCCACCGCUCCUCCUCUGCAUUGCGUCGGCCGGUGUGCGAGACUGAUCCAGCCCACCGGCCAGGGAGUCCUAAUGCAAAAAUGCAUUUCAAUGCUUUCCUAUGGGGAAAUGAGCGACGCUGGAAGUCCUCACAAAGCGUGAGGACAUCCAACGACGCUCUAGCACAGAUAAUCUGUGCUAUGAUCCAGGAAGUGCCCUUUAGUGGCUGUCUAGUAGAGGUGGAGUUAACCCUGCAAGGUAAUUAUUGCUGUUUAUACAAAACUGCAAUAAUUACACUUGCAGGGUUAAGAGUAGUGGGAGUUGGCACCCAGACCACUCCAAUGGGCAGAAGUGGUCUGGGUGCCUGGAGUGAUCAUUGCUUUUGUACUAUGGGGUUUUAUUGAUGCAUUUCUUGUUUACAGUUUCUCUUUUCUGUAGUUUGUUGAAAUUAAUAAACACCAGUUGACUCAGAACUGAUCCUGGGUGGGUGAACAGGAGCUCUGUAGAUAGAGGCGCAUUGACGGGGAGUAGAGCACUAGGCUCUGCUCCACAUUAGACUCUACUCAGAGUUAGGCCCUACCCCUGAAUUAGUCACUGCCUCUCACACUAGGUGCCUGGGACCACCAGGGAUCAAGAGUCCCCCUCCCUGACACAAAAUAACCCUGAGGAGGGGGGCGUAAACUACUAGGUGUUUUUCAGCCCCUAUAUGCCCAAUUGCAGCCCUUAACCUUACUACAGCCCUAACCCACAACUGCAGCCCCUAUAUCCCUACUACAUUCCCCACGCCCAUACUACAGCUCCUAACCACGUUAUACUGAUCCUAACCCUCAGCCCCUAACCCUCUACUAUAGCCCAUAAUCCCCUACCACAACCCCUAACUCUCUACUAUAGCCCCUAACCCUCUACUAAAGCCACUGACGGUCUAAUACAGCCCCUUAAAUCCCUACUACAGCCACUAACAUCCCAAUUUUAGCACUUUACUACAGCCACUACCAUCUCCUACACCCCCUAACAACCCUUCGACAGCUCUUUACCAUCCUCCUACAGCUCUUUACUUCCUGCUACAGCCUCUAACCCCCUACUAAAGCCCCUAUAUCGCACUACAGCCAAAAACUCUGUACUACAUACAAAAAACUCCCCACUACAGUCCCUACCCUUCAAGUGUAGAUUCUAUCCCCCUCACUAAGUCUCUACCCCCAAUUGCAGCCCUUAUCCUCCCUACUACAGCCCCUACCUCGCUACUACAGUUCCUAACCCACACUGCAUAAUCAAACAUCAGCACCUAUCCUCCCACUACAGCCCAUAUCCUCCCCACUAAAGUCUCUAUCUCACCCACUACAGCCUCAACCACCACUACAGGCCCUAUUCCCCAACUUGCAGCCCUUAUCCACUACUACAGUUCCUAAACCCCCUUUUAAACCCCAUACUCCCCACUACAGCCCUUAUUUCCUAACUACAGUCCAUGCUCCCCUCCACUAAAGUCCCUAUUCUGCCCUCUACAGCCCCUCUCUCCUAAAUGCAGCCAAUAUCAUCCACAGUACAGCCCCUCUCCCUAAUUGCAGCCAUCCCUCCCAGUUCAGCACUAACCCCCUACUACAGUCUCUACCCCCACUAUAUUUCCUUAGCCUCAACUACAGUCCAUACUAUCCACUACAGCUCCCAAACCUCUUUCUAUAUUCCCUACCUCUCCACAACAGCCCCUGUCGACCCACUACAACCCCUAGCCCCCUAACUUCUCAGUUACAGCCCACUACCAGUGCCUGUCCCAGGCAUUGAUAAGCUAUUUGGACACAGAGGUCACGCCAAAAAGCUAUUUGGGCAUGAAAAUGGCACUGAAUAGCUAUUUUGGGACAAAGAUGAUACUGGAAAACUGUAUGUGGACAGAUAUGAUACUGAUAAGCUUUUUAGGGGCAAAGCUGACACUGUAGAAAGUGGGUGACAUAUUACCUAAUGCACUUGGGGGACCUGUAACGGACCGUUUUGCACACAAGAGGUUAAAAAGCGUUUAGGCGAUAUUCGCCUUUUCAGAUGCACAGACAGCUACUGCAAUCACCAAUCUCCCGAACUGCAUACACAUGAAUUCACCAAUCUCCCGAAUUGCAAACACAUGAAUUCACCAAUCUCCCGAACUGCAAACAGAUGAAUUCACCAAUCUCCCGAAUUGCAAACACAUGACUUAACCAAUCUCCCAAACUGCAAACACAUGAAUUCACCAAUCUCCCAAAUUGGAACCAGGGUAAUGCUCCAAACUCCCAAACAGGAAACACACGAAUGCUGUAAACAGCCGAACAGGAAAAACCAUACGAACAGUUUACACUCCUGGCAGUCGCCCUGUAACAGCAUACAAUCCAAUUCCCCCCAAGAACGAGACGACACUUUGUUUGAGGGUCAAGCAGAACUGAUUUACUGGGGCUACCUGCCCGGCUUUUAUGCAGGUCUCCCAGCUGGUGGACACUCCCCUAGGGGACCAGAUGGAAGACUGGGAAACAUAUUGGACAUUGACCAAUCACAAGCUUACAAUCCUACAAUGCAUCACAAUCCCUCCUCUCUGUCCUGGAGAUAAUAAGGAAGUAAUCCAAUUAUCUCCAAGGACAGAGGCAAAACUCCAUUAAACCACAUGGCAGACAAAGGACAAUAAAAGACAUAAAAAUACAUACUGUUACAUUUAUCACAUAGAACAUACACGUUCUAUCUAUCCCCAGAUAGCUUAGAUCUGAGCGCACAUUACUACCGCAUGGCGCUCAGAUCACAUACAUACAGUUCAAUCGCCAUGGAGCCAAAGUCUUUCAUACAGUCUUUCAGUAUACGACUGGGCUCCAUGGCAUAGCUAUCUGGGGUAGCAUGGGUUAAACAGUAAAGUACCGAAUGGACUGUUGUUCGGAUAAUUGACUGCAGGUAGGAGAAGGGAGGUCGGCGGCUCAGGGGUGUUCUUGACUUUAACAGUCCGUAGAAAGGCACGAACCAACCUUUCUGCAGGGAAAAAGAACAGUGUUCAACAUGGGGCCAUAGUCCAGCGGCAGGAGGCAGGCGACCAGGCUCCUCCAGUGGCCAGUGGUGAGGUUGGUUCCGCCACAGGACCCAAGAGGUGGAGUGUUUUACAUAGAAAAUGAGUUUGGUUAGAAGUGUUAUUUUCGUGAAGAGGAGGAGUUAGUGAUAUAGCCACGCCCACCUGGGGGGCACCAAAUGUAUUCUUGCACCCAGGCAUCAGUGACCCUAGGAUCGGCCCUGGGUUGACUUCAAAGUUCAAGUACUUGCUGUGUCCCAUUGACUACUUUGAAUUGUGUAUAAAACCUCUACAAUAGCCACUACAUCUAAUUUCCUUUCAGGAAGAAACAUAGACAACAAGCAAGAAGUCUGGAACAAAAUGCAUCAUCGAGUGAAAAAUGUCAGAAAGAAAGGUAAGUGUAUUUGAUACAUAACUAAUGUGACAGAUUCUCAUUACAGUAAUAAAGGGGUUUUACCAUUUACCAAUAUACUCGUAGCUACAUGUGCUUUAUAGCCAUAAUGUAAUUUCUGUUUUUUUCAGUACAGUCGUUUCCAAAGGUUUUUCUUUUUGAAAUGUUGUGUAAUAUCUUUACAUUAUAUUCAUUUUCAAAUUUUGAUUUUUAAAAUUAUUAGUGACAUGUUCCCCACUUUAUGAAUCCUCAAUGUUAAAGGUUAGUAUUGUGUGUUGUUUCCAGGACCAAAGUGGAUUCUGUGUAUCUUGAAAAUGUAUAUUACCUAGUCCUAACUCAAUCAACUCUAAGCUCCUAACUUUAGCAGCAUAAUUUAAAGUGGCAUUAUGAAUGGUCCUGUGAUAACAUGCAUGCACUCUCAUUAAUACAGAAUAAUUUCAGCAUAGCUCAAAUGACACCUGACAUAAAAUAUAUAAAGAAAAACUGUCACGAGCACCACUAUUCUCAGGCAGACAUGUCACUUGCUUUAGUCUGCACUAGACAAAAAAUAAUUUUAAAAAAAUCCCACUUCACCCCAACCUAUAAAAGUUGCCACCACCUAGGCAAUUGAUAAACUGGUUACCCUAACAAAUAUGAUUUGAAAACCACAAACACAGUUUAGCAGAAAUACAUGUGAAAUCACAGUAUUAUUCUAGAAGUCUUUUCAGUAAUGUGAAUUUUAUAUCAGACAAAGGUAGAACUUAAAGGACCUCUCCAAACUCUUCAUAGCUGAGGAGUAUCCUAUUUUAAGCCCACUUUAUAAAGGUGACGCUUUCAAUUAGAAAUUCCACCUUUGUAAUUCAAUUGGAGGGGGAAACUGGCCAUCAAUCAGAAGUUUGCUUCCUUCUUUUGUAAGCUCCCUUGAGCUAAGUUAGUGGCAGGCAUGCUCUUCUUGAGCACGCCUGCCCCUUCCCCCAGAGAUCUCAGACCAGCCUCAUCAGCAACUCCAGAGCCUACACUGACCCCUGAUCAGACGUGCGAGUGUAUGAGCCAGACGAGUGCACAGAUUCAGAACUUUAUCUAUUCUGCAGCUUUUGCAAGAACUUUUCAGAUAUAUCCGUAAUGAAUACAUGCAUGGAAAAUGCAUGCAUGGAAAAUGGCUUUCAAAAAUAGAUUAACCCGGUUUUCAGAAGAUAGAAAAAAAUAGCAAAAGAAUGGAAAAGCGUUGGAAGUUCUAGUGAAGGUAGACUGAAGGCAGCACAUUCUGAAACUGGAGACCCGUCCAAUCCCCAACAAGAAGUGAACAAAUAGUACAAAUUAAAGAUUGUGCCAAUAUAAAAAGAAAGAGACUAAUAAAAACAAAUAACUAAAAUAAAAAAGAAGCAAAUAGUAGAUACUAUAUAGAAUAUAUAAAAUGUAAUAAAAUACAAUAACAAAUAAGUAAUAAGAUACGGUCCAGGAAUUCUUCCAAUUCUUUUGCAGUCUAUUGCAUACUCAUUGUCUGUAUAUAUGGAUAGAAUGUAGAGAGAGAAAGAUAAAUAUUAAUAGUGUAGUAUUAAUUAACUUGCUUAAAUGCCCACUCACAUUUUUUGGGAGCUUAUGUACAAGCUCCAGUAAUAUCAGCAUAUAGCUGUAUUUUCCCCACUAUUGGUUAUAGGUGUAGGCAAAGUCAGUUUUGAAGGCCUCAGUAGAAUAUGAGAUUUAAAAAAAAAUCCAAAAGUGCAGUAUUAUAACUACAGGAUACAUAAAGUGUCAAAGAAUAUACACUCACACAUGUUGAACUUUGUAUUAAAGGUCACAUUUUCAAGUAUAAAGUGGUAUAAUCCCCACCCAGGGAUAUAGUAUAUACACUUGUACUCGAGCGAUGUUCACACAUGUAAGAAAAAGGAGACAGAAUAUAGUGCUCUCUGCGUAAUAUUAUAUAUAGAGAGAAUUGAAAAUAUACUCACAAUUUUUGAGCAAUGGUUUUGCUCAAUAUUUGCAACGUGGAUGGAACAAGCCCCACUAAGGAUUGGAACGUAGUAGUCCAGGAAGUGGUGCUUCAGGUAAUGAAGUGUGGUGCCAUUUGUCAAAACUUCUAUGACAGCCUAUCUUAUAAGGUCUGGUAAUAUAUAUUACUGGACCUCAUUUUAUUUUUCUCAGUCUCUUUGUGAUUUAUUAGCUCUUAUCAUUUAACAUGGGCUGGAUAUAUUGAAGUUUUGGUUGCUAAUUGAGGAAACAGGGUACUUUCCCAAAAGACCUACAUUUAUUUGAGAAAUAAUCUUAAGGUGAGACGGUUAUAUGUUUACUCACUAGCAUUCUGUAUACAUCUCAUUAUGAAUUAGUCUCUAGGUUUUUCAUUUUAAUUUUUCAUUCAUAUUUUUAAUUUGUAUUUUUAUCUGGAAUAUAUGGAUCACAGUGCUCUUAUUAUUGUGUGCAAUUAGUACUAAUAUAUUAAGUAUGUAAAUUGUCUUGCAUGUAUAUAUAUCAUUCAAGUUUCACUUUUAGUUACACCUAGGGUUAUAUUAUAAGAUUCACAUUUUUUCUUGUUUAAUAUUUAUCUAAUGUAUCUUAUACACUAUGAUACAUGGAUUGUAUCUAGUUGUAUUCAUAUUCACAUGAAACACACUAUUUAGUGGUCACCUGAUGGUGCUUAAGUGAAGUUUUGUGGUCCACAUGUAGCUCAUCAAUCUACAGUUUGCACUGUUUAGUCUGGAUCUUUGAUCACAGGUAUUACCUUUGUCUAGUAGGAGGGUACUUCACCUUUACAAGUUUCCUGCACUUUUUUGUUAUUUAAAGAUGGUGUUUGAAGCUAUGGGGUUAUCCUGGUGAAAGUCCUAUGAUGGACUGAAUGCCGAUUUGCUGUAACCCAUGAGUUAUGAAUAAAGACAAAUCAUUUUCUUCAUAAAGCCCAGCGUGUGCCUUUCUGCAUGGAUAUUUAUGUUGAUUUGGCUGAAAGAGCACCGUGGCACUUAGACUACAAAUGUGAGUGCAGGAUCGUGGAAUAUAUAUAUUUUGAUAUAAAAAUACACUUAGAACGAAAUAAUAAAUAUAUAUGUAUAUAUCACUAUAUAUACACCUAUAUAUAAUAUAUAUAUUUAUAUAUAUAUAUUAAUUCUACAUAUAUAUUUUUGUAAUAUUUUUACAUAAUUAAGUCAUUUUAUUAAUUACAAUUUGCGGCACCUCCCUGAUAACCCAGGCAGAAAGUCCAGAGAAUUUAAUUUGCUAGCACUAUAUUUAACCCUGUAACUUUCCAAGACACCAUAAAACCUGUACAUAGGGGGUACUGUUUUACUCAGGAGACUUCACUGAACACAUAUAUUAGUGUUUCAAAACAGUAAAAUGUAUUACAAUGAUGAUAUCAUCAGUGGAAGUGACAUUUUUUUGCAUUUUUCACUCACAAACAGCAGUUACACUGAUGAUAUAAUUGUUGUGAUAUGUUUUACGGUUUUGAAACACUAAUAUUUGUGUUCAGCGACGUCUCCUUAGUGUGAGAGAACCCCUCAUGUACAUGUUUUAUGGUGUUUUUAAAAGUUACAGAGUCAAAUAUAAGGCUUGUGUUUCAGUUUUUUCACAUUGAAAUUCGCCAGACUGGCUACGUUGCCUUUGAGACUGCAUGGUAGCCCAGGAAUGAGAAUUACCCCCAUGAUAGCAUACCAUUUGCAAAAGUAGACAUCCCAAAGUAUUGCAAAUGGGGUAUGUCCAGUCUUUGUUAGUAGCAACUUAGUCACAAACACUGGUAAAAAUUGGUGUUCAAAUUAGUUUUUUGCAUUUUUCACACACAAAUAUUAACGCAAACUUUGGCCAGUGCUUGUGACUAAGUGGCUACUAAAAAAAGACUGGACAUACCCCAUUUGCAAUACCUUGGGUUGUCUACUGUUGCAAAUGGUAUGCCAUCAUGGGGGUAAUUCUCAUUCCUGGGCUACCAUACGGUCUCAAAGGCAACUGUAACUUUUAAAUGUGAAAAAACAGAAAAAUGUAACAUGCUAUAUUUGACCCUGUAACUUCCCAAAACACCAUAAAACCUGUACGUAGGGGGUACUGCUUUACAUGUGAGACAUCGCUGAAUACAAAUAUGUGUAUUUUAUUGCAGUAAAAGCAAACAGUAUUAUGACGUUAACAGUUAAACUAAAAAAAAAAUUUUUCUUAAAGAAUCACUAUAGGGUCAGGAACACAAACAUGUAUUCCUGACCCUAUAGUGCUAAACCCACCAUUUAGAUGGCUUGCCCCCUCCCUUAGUCUCCCUAUAAAAGUUUAAAACUCGCCUUAUUUUCAGCCCCGCCCGGGUCUGCCGGCUCUGGCUCCAACCCCUUUGUGACUAUAGUAUCCCUUUAAAGGACCACUAUAGUGCCAGGAAAACAUACUCGUUUUCCUGGCACUAUAGUGCCCUGAGGGUGCCCCCACCCUCAGGGACCCCCUCCCGCCCGGCUCUGGAAGGAGGAAAGGGUUAAAAACUUACCUUUUUCCAGCGCUGGGCGGAGAGCUCUCCUCCUCCUUCCUCCUCCUGGGCUGAAUGCGCACGCGCGGCAAGCGCUGCGCGCGCAUUCAGCCCGUCGCAUAGGAAAGCAUUUACAAUGCUUUCCUAUGGACGCUUGCGUGCUCUCACUGUGAAAAUCACAGUGAGAAGCACGCAAGCGCCUCUAGUGGCCGUCAAUGAGACAGCCACUAGAGGAUUAGGGGGAAGGCUUAACCCAUUCAUAAUUAUAGCAGUUUCUCUGAAACUGCUAUAAUUAUGAAAAAAUGGGUUAACCCUAGAAGGACCUGGCACCCAGACCACUUCAUUAAGUUGAAGUGGUCUGGGUGCCUAGAGUGGUCCUUUAAUUUCUCACACCCCAGGACGUACUUGAAAACCAAAAUAAUCUGAAUGUUCCUUUCCUGGUUAAAUACUUUGUUAUUAUUAUUAUUUUUUUUAAUAUAUUGUACUCAUAUUACAUUAUGUUUCAUAGCUAAAUAUUUGAUGUUAAAUGAAAGCCCUAUUUCUCCUGAAUACAAUGAUAUAUAAUAAGUGUGGAUGCGCUUAAUCUCAAAGAGGUGAAUUACAGUUGAACAGACAUAUAGUAAAAUUCCAGGAUUUGUUUACGUUUUAUUUUGAUCAAAACGUGUACAUUUGGCUCAGUCCUUCAGGGGAUAAACAUGCCUUAAUUGCUGCACCAAUUUAGGUAUAUUCCAGAGACCAACAGGAUUUAAACCAUUCCUUCCCAGACACAGUUUAUCUCAUAGAUCUUAAUAAAAGGCAGUCAAAUUAAAACUUACCAUGCUGGAAUCAACCAUGCUACCUCUGUUGAGUAAUCAUUCCAUGCAUCCACAUUCCAUAUUUUGUCAUUGGAACAAUGAAUCCACACUACAUUAAUUGACAAUAUUUUUACAAGAACAGUACAUCAUGCCCACUUGUCAUGUUACUAAACUGUAUCUUUUGUAAUUUCUGUAGCUCUGUUAUAGAUAUUCAAGAAUUGUCAAGCAUUUUAUGUGAUCAAAAAAGCCCUUCUAAACAUCACAACACACCUGGAUCCAAGACCGUUUCCUUUAGAAUCAGCACUCCAGUCAGCCCAGGUAAUGAUGCUCAAAUCUGGGCUUAAACUUUCAAAGGGUUUUUAUGUUUUUAUAGACAACACAGACAUAACCUCAUCGGUAGGGACAAAGUUUUAUGUUUAGGAUGCAACCUUAUUACAUUGCAGUUAACAUCUGGCAUUUACUCGUUGAUAUAUGUCUUUGUCUUGUUGGAUGGAAAUGAUCAGCACCUUGUUAUUUGUAUUUUUUAUUUUAAAAAAAAGCUGGAAAUUAUAUAAAAAUACACAAAUUGUGGAUAUAUAAUUACCACUCGAUCAGCAGGGAUGACAUGUAGAAAAAAACCAUAAAAUAAAUGAAUACAUAGUGAAGUAUUUAGUGAUUUAAAAUGACAAUAGAAAAUAUCAAUGAAAUAAAACUCGCAAGAGAAGUGGCACAAAAAAUAAAUAUUUUUAUUUGUGCAAGAAAACUUUUAAGCCUCUAGGGGAGCUUACUCACCAAUUUGUGGAAAUCACAGUUUGGUACCUUUUAAAAUCAGUCCAGAAAUAAGUUUAACAUAAAAGUUCUUAUCUGGCUCACGGUUAUCGGCUUUCUUCCUUGGGGCACUGUAAUCGCGGAAUAGCUCGACGCGUUUCAUCUGUUCGGACUUCUGCAAGAGCAUAGUGUCCUCUUUCCAUCUGGCGUUUUUAAAUGAUUUGCGUGGCUGAUCCUGUAGCAGGCGCCUGCGUAGACGAAGUAAUUGUCUUGACGUUCUCGUCAAAAACACUGCGCAUGUGUUUGCUGUUCAACUUGAAACGCAGAAUAACUUUAUUGAUACUAUCCACCUUGGGAUACAACAGUUCCAAUGAGUAUAUACAAAAACUUACCGAACUAUGUAUAAAAGCGAUGGUAACCACAUAGCGAAAAUAGAAUUUGGAUACAAGAUAAAAAUACUGCAAUAUAAAAAUCUUUCAUGUUAUACAUAAUCUCACUAUUCUUAACAUAAAAUGACCUACAGCAAUCAUAUCAAGCACUAACAUAAAAACAACAGAUAGUAUACUGGCAUAUAUAAUAUAUAAUAUCACACCAUACUAUAUUCACAGUGAUAAUGACAACAAUGAUGAAACUUCAUAAAUCACAAGGAUAUCUUAGCUACAAAUUAAUAUCAAUCUUCUCAUAAAUAGAAUUAUUCAUCAAUCUUAACUAGAGAGCUUAUAGUACAACUGACAUAUAUAACAUUAUGCAUCACUCUUUAAGGGAAGAAAAUAAUAAAAUAGCAAAAAUAGCGAUGGGAAUAUUGAUGAAUAUUAAAGAUGGAAUUUCUAAGUUACUGGAUAUAAAUAUAUAUAUAUAUAUAUAUAUAUAUAUAUAUAUAUAAACAGACUGAAAGACAAGCUAGUUGUCGAUGAACAUAGCGACACAGCCAACUAAAAUAUAAGAUACAAUGGAUAAUACUUAUUUGAGAAGCUUAUAAAAUGGAAAAAGGUUCCCAUAAAAAAAAAAAAAACUAUAAAACUUCAUGUUAAGAAGUGGAUAGAGAUACGAAUAAAAUAUAUAGUGAUUGAUUAUGAAAAAUAUUUCAAUCCAUAAAAACUUAUAGGUCCAAAACAAUAUUCAAACCUAAUGGAAAAAUAGUUUUUAGUCUAUGGAUCCAUUUUUUUUCUUUCAUAGCCAGGAGUUUUUCUGUAUUUCCCCCUCUCCAAUGUGGAGUAAUCACAUCUAUCCCUAUACAUAUAAAACUUUGAAAAUUAAAAUCAGAACAGUCAAUACAGUGUUUAGGAACACUAUGUUUAGGAUUCCCUCUUUUAAUACAAAUGUAUUAAUGAAAUGUUCUAGGAAUCAAACAUGUAAUUUUCUGAUGGUGCGUCCAACAUAUUGAAUCCCACACUUCCAUUCCAAUAAGUAAAUCACGUUUUUGGUGUGGCAAUUAAUAAAAUAUACAAGAUCAAUUUUUAAAUAAUAUUUUACCUAAAAAGCCACAAAUUAUUUAUAAGAAAACACAGAAUUUAAAAUCCAUUUUAGCCCGCAGCAUUUUACCACAAUUAAACCUGAGGUAAUAUCCUCCACUCCAAUUAAUUUUCUGAAGGAGAAACCCAAUGGUUUUUCAUGUGUGGGAACUGCAGUAAAUGUAGUUUCCAAAAACAAAAAACUAUGGAAUUUAGAAGUACAACCACGAAAGAAAUCUUUAAAAUCAAACAUUUUAUUAAUUGCCUUACCAAAAACGUGAUUUACUUAGAAAUGUGGGAUUCAAUAUGUAGGACGUAUUAUCAGAAAAUUACAUCUUAGAACAUUUCAAUGGUAUUAAAAGAGGGAAUCCUAAACACAGUGUUCCUAACAACACUGUGUUCUGAUUUUAAUUUUCAAAGUUUUAUAUGUAUAGGGAUAGAUGUGAUUACUCCACAUUGGAGAGGGGGAAAUAGAAGAAAAACGAAAAGUAGAAAAAAGAGAAAAACCCAAAUCACUAGAAGUGCUUCUGUGACUUGGACUUGAGUUUAAACUGGAAAUAAAUAAAUAUUGUAUAAUCUGUAGGCCUAUAAAUAUUAGCCUUAAUAGUAUACACAAUGGUCUAAUAAUCCCAAAUCCUAGAAACAUCCAAAGUGAAGUGAUAGUGAAAUGAUGUUUCUAGGAUUUUGGAUUAUUAGACCAUUGUGUAUACUAUUAAGGCUAAUAUUUAUAUGCCUACAGAUUAUACAAUAUUAAUUUAUUUCCAGUUUAAACUCAAGUCACAGAAGCCCUUCUAGUGAUUUGUGUUUUUCUCUUUUUUUCUACUUUUCGUUUACUAUUAAGGGGUUAAGCCCCAGGACAUUUACUGGAGUGUCUAUCAAGGUGACCCUCGGAUCCCUUGGGUGGAUGGUUCACCCGUACCUAGGGUUGAACCCCCACCUAAGGUCUCUAAUAUUUAGUUUUAAAUACAGAAAAACUCCUGGCUAUGAAAGAAACAGAAUGGAUCUAUAGACUAAAAACGAUUUCUCCAUUAGGUUUUUUUUUUUUACACUUUUAAUUUUUUUUUUUGUGCAUCAGAGAAACAAACAUUCUUGCGCUGCCCCGACAGCGGUGGCAAGUAAUUUGGUAGGCAUAGUUAGACUGUAAAGGGCAUUUGAUAUCACGGCACAUUUUUUGGUAAUAAUAGUUUUGCAUGCGUAGAGAGACAUAAGCACGGUAUUAUGUAGAAAUAUAUUCCAGAUGGCAAACAUGUCUAAACGUUAAGCAUGAAGUAGUUCAACAGUGAACAUGUUGUUCCUUAGUAAAUAGUGAUCAGUGAGUUGUGGGAAAGGUAGUGUAAGUCUCAAGCUUAGUAAAUAAUAUACAACAUGGGUUACCAGUUCCCAACAGAGUCACUGUUGGUGAAUGGGCUAAAAGCUAAACAGUGGUGCCUGAGUAUUGAGCGAUGCCUGACAAGAUUGGUGCUAGGCAUGGCAAAGAGUAUUUACUCUUAAGUGUUAAAAGUCAUGUGGUUGAAGUCGUUAUGACAGGUUGUCUGGGCAAAGCUGGUGGUGGGUUUAACCCCUGGCACUCCGCUCUGGUAAUGUAAUGUGUGGGUAUGCGCUGUGGCAGGCAAAGGAGUAAUAGUCAAACAAAAGGGUAGAGUAAUAUAAAUUCAAUGAUAAUGUCUGGCUAAGGACAAACAAGCCGCAGCGCUGCGGCAAGUCCUUGGGUGGGGACACGGGUACCGUGCUCGGGGACAUAUGGCACUGUCAGCCAAUGCCUCGGCUUAUUGGGGUCCCUGGGUGCCACUGGGCUCGUCCGGGUGUGUUCUUGCAACCCCGCUUGACGUUGGUUGCGCUCGCCAGCCUGUAGAGUCUGGUCUACGCUGGAUACCGUAGUUGGUAUACUCCGAUCCCGAGGCUUCUAGCAUGCAUUCAAGUCCAAUCUUCCCGGGGAGCAUCUGGAGCUGUGGUAGGUCGCUUGUACCCUUCUGCCCCGGUGCUUUGCGGGAACUGGUGCCCUUGUGCCUCGAGCCUGGGUUCCAUAGCGGCCCAGGGUCAGGAUGGUACGGUGGGUUCCGGCAGGUGUCCCCUGUGUCGUGGGCACACUUGUAGGAGGAUUGUGGCUCUGCAGUUCGGGUAGUUGGCAGAAUUUGUGCCAGUGUGGCAGGAGCUCCUGCAGAGCACGUCCUGCCAGCUCGCUGGUUAGGCUCCGCCCCCCUUCUCCAUUAGGUUUGAAUAUUGAUUUGGACCUAUUAGUUUUUAUGGAUUGAAAUAUUUUUCAUAAUCAAUCACUAUAUAUUUUAUACGUAUCUCUAUCCACUUCUUAAACCCUUAAGGACAAAUGACGGACCUGGUCCGUCAUGACGGUGAAACCGUUUAGGAUGAUGAUGGACCAGGUCCAUCAUGCAGUAAAGUUAACCCCAGAUCACCGCAAUCGCAGGGUUAACGCUCCUCCGGUCUGCCUCUGUAUUAGAGGCAGACCGGGAGCACCUGAUCGAGCUGCCCGGAAGAGCAGGGAGGCGGAUCGUGAGUCCCUGCAGCACAUGCUGUCAGAGCGAUCACUGCUGCAGGGACUCACGAUCCGCCUCCCUGCUCUUCCGGGUUCAGUGUAAAGUGCAGGGAGACGUAUCAGCAGUGAUCUUCUCCUGUGUAAAAAAAUAAAUAAAGUUAAAUUAAAAUCCCACCCCCCUUUUACCCAUUUUAAAUAAAAAUUAACCACUUCCCUGCUCAUUGAUCACUGACAACAGUGAUCAAUUGGCAGGGAUUACAUUUUACUGUGAUCUGAUAAUUUUCUUUAACCCCUGAGGGUCAACUUUUAUUUUUUAUAACCCUCAGGGGUUAAUUUUACUUUAUUAAUUAAUUUAAAUACAUUAAAAUUAUAUAUUUAGCUAGCUGGGGUGUGGGGAAUUGGUGAAUUUGGUGUUAGGCUAGCUAAGGGCUAACGUUAAAAAAAAAUUUUAAACUAAGUUUUAAAAAGUUAAAAAAAUGUUUUAAUAACAUUUUUUAAAAACGUAAAAAAAAUCCCACCCUCCAUUACCCAGUCUUAAUAAAAAUUAACCCCUUCCCUACCAAUUGAUCUCUACCUACAGUGAUCAAAAUACAGAUCACAGUGUUAUACUGUGAUCCGAUUUUUUUUAACCCCUUAGGGUUAACUUUUUUUAACUCUCAGGGGUUCCAUUUAUUUAAUUAGCUAGCUGUGGAGGGUGGGAGUUAUGGGAAAUUGGGGAAUUGAAUGUUAGUACUGUUUACUGCUAGUUAGGGGUUAAUGGUAAAAAAUAAAAAACCCGCUUGUUAAAUCUGUAAAAAAAAAAAGCUUUAAGAAAGUUUAGGAAAGUUUCAAAACUUAAUAAGCAAAAACUGUUUUAAAACUAGUUUUAAAAAGUUUACAAAACUAAAAAAAUACAUUUUAAAUUGCUCAUUACCACUACACCUGGAACAAACUAGAGAAAAAAUGAUUCCAUGCUAAGGUUCAAAAUAUGCCUUUUGAAUUACCCAAGGGUGUAUUCUUUAAUCAAUAGUAUGUGUUUGUGGGGAAGUUUGAAUAACCAACCAGCUAAACUACUUCAAAAUGGAACAUGGACACAGCAUAAAACUUCAAAGUUAGAAAACAACAGAAUGACUGUGUCUCAAAUGUGCCCCUUCAACAUCCACAUAUACCUGGCAAAGGUACAUACAGGGGUAUUGCUGUACUCAGACGACAUAGCUGAGCAACAUAUGUAGUAUUAUACAGUCGUAGCACACCUAAGGUUUGCAAAAUAUACUGUGCAAACUCACUUUGUGUGCCAAAAUGCAGAAAAAACGCUUAUUACCACUACACUUGGUACAAGCUAGCGGAUAAAUGAUCCCACGCCAAGGUUCAAAAUAUGCCUUUAGAAAUACCCUGGGAUGUCUUCUUUAAGAAAUGGUAUGCCUUUAUGGGGUAGUUGGAUUAUAUAGCCUGCUAAAAUGGGACAUGGACACAGCGUAAAAAUUAAAAGUUUGAAAAAAAACUGGAAUGACUGUGUCAAAUGUGCCCCUUCCAUGUCCACAUAUACCUGGCAAAGGUACGUAUGGUGGUAUUGCUGUACUCAGCUGACAUAGCUGAGCAACAUAUGAAGUAUUAUACAGUCGUAGCACACGUACAAUUUGCAAAAUAUUCUGUGCAAACUUUCUUUGUGUGUCAAAAAGGCAGAAAAAAUGCUUAUUACCACUACACUUGGUACAAGCUAGCGGAAAAAUUAUCCCACGCUAAGGUUCAAAAUAUGCCUUUUCAAAUACACUGGCAUGUCUUCUUUAAGAAAUGGUAUGCCUUUAUGGUGUAGUUGUAAUACAUAGCCUGCUCAAGUGCUCCAAAGUGGGACACGGACACAUCAAAACCCUCCAUGAAAAUUCACACUGAAAAACCUGAACUUGUCACGUCUCUUACAGCACUGUAACUUCGCAAAAUAGUGUCUAGCUCAUACAUUGGGCAUAUUGUUAUACUCAGAAGGUGUAACUGAGUAUAAUUUGGGGAUUUUUUAUGACAGUGGUACAUAUUAAGUGUAAGAUAUACUCAGCAAAAAUGCAACAUAUAUGUUAAAAUGACAUUUUUCUCUCCCCUCACCACAAACAUUGACAAAAAUUGGUGAUAAAAUGGUGACAAGUUAAGGCACAAUAUACACCAUAUAAGAUACACUGGGGUUUCUGCUUUAUCAAAUGAAAGCCCUUUGUGUGGUUAUUUGAACAGUCACACUGCUAUAAUACCCUAAAAUGAGACAUAGGCCCGUCAAAUCCAUCUAUGAAAAUUCUAACUAUAUAAACUGAAAUAGUCUUGUCUCUUAUAUGGCACUGUAGCUUUACAGAAAAGUGCCAAAGGCAUACAAUGGGGGUAUUGUUAUACUCAGCAGAUGUAGCUGAACACAGCACUUGAUUGGUCCCUGCAGGAGCCACCCGAUGGGCCUCCGUAGUGCGCGGGCCGCACAUAAUCCUUUGGUGGGCCGCAAGCGGCCCGUGGCCCAUAUGUUGUGCAGGUCUGUUGUAGAUUGUUCAGAAACAUUCCAUGGUAGGAUAGAAACUGUGUCACUAACAACAUUUUGUGAAUUAGUUGUGGAGGCAUGUAAAUAUCUUAGUGUUUUCACGUUUUAUGAAUGUGUUAAAAGUAAAUGGUUUAACAGAAAUGUUAUGGCAGUCUUUAUUAGAUUAAUUACCUGCCACAAUGUAAAAAUCUUGGUUCCCAUGUAAACCAGUGAUAUUCAGAGUAUAUUCUUUAAUUUUGGCCUGUCUGCCUGUGACUGUGUGCAACUGACUAUGUGCCAGGACUGUGUGCAUGUGGGUGUAUUUUACAGUAUGUGUGUAUAUGUGUGCAUCUGACUGUGGGAGUGUGUGCAUGUGACACUGCAUAAAUACACACCUGCAUUCACACAUGGUCUACAUUGCCUGAAUUAAAUACUGAUCACAAAUAUCACUCACAGUCAGAAGAAACAUAUAUCACACAUAGUCAGUACACCCAUAACAAAUAUCAUACAAAGGGUUGCGGAGGCGCAUAAUAGAUGCCCAGCACACUGGACUACAAGAGAUCAGCAUGCCCUCAUCCUUGCAAGGUAACAACAGGGAUGGGGAAAUUAUUUUUUUCUUUUUUAAUAAUUAUUAAUUUAAUAAAGACCCCUAUACAAACCGUACACUCCUGUACACACACUAUACAUGGAUGAGAGGGUGUGAUCAUGGAGGGUCACUGUGAAGAUUUUUCGCACAGGGUACCUAAAGGGCCCCCUGGUCUGUGUAAGGUAAAAACUUGAUUGCAGCAUAUUUUGUUCCUAGUAAAUCUAAACUGAUGAUUUGUGGUCUUACUAAAAUACAUGUCAGCAGUCAUAUUUGUGAUUUAUGUAUGAACUUUAUUAAAAAUAUUUUCCUUUGUGGACUAAAAGAAUACAACUAAUGAAUCUGAAUAGCUGUUUUUCACAUAGCUGUAAAUCAGUUCGCAAUAGAGGACAAAUUCAAUUAUCUUCUGGCACUAAAAGAAAUGAAGCUAUUUUCAAAAAUUAGUUUUUAGCCAUGUACACAUGAUUGAAAAUAACUUAUAAUAAAUUAUUUGAUUAAAGAAAAUGUGAGAAAAUAAUUUAUGUUUUUAUUUAAUUUCUAAUUUCAUGUCAAAAGUCUCUUUAUUUUGAUCAAACUUGUGCACUGUUCUAUACAACAAAAUAUAUAACUGCUAGACUAGGAGAUUUUUUUUGGUACGGGCUGCAAAUCGUCUGAAUUUGGGCCACUCGGGUGAUCAUGCAAAUUUCCAAACUGCAAGAUGAAAUGUAGCCGAAAAACGAACCAAAACUAUCGAGCAUGUUAGUUCAAUUUGUGAUUCAGAAUUCCACCUUCCAAAAAAAAAAUUAAAUAAUAAAGAUGAUGGGUGGGGAAAAAAGAUGGUUGAAUGCUAGGUAUCAGCCACAAGUGUGACCACGUGGUUAUCCCUUGAGAAAGGCACUAGUAGCUGUGCCAAAACAUUGGGGUUUUGUUCUGUACACGUGUCCAGCCCUUCGAGGUAAUAAGCAAGUGAGCUUUUAUGCCUGUUUGAUUUAGAGCAUAUUGUAUAGCCUCUGUCACUGGUUGUUAUAGUCUUCUAACAGUGUUUGUUUUGUAUUUUUGUUUGAUUUACUUUGUUUGUAUUAUAAAGAGAUUUGUAUUAUUAACUAAAGUGUUCAUCUUUCUGUAUAUAGUAAUGUGUUGUUUGGCAUUAAUGGAUACCUCUUUAAGAUAGCACCCAUAGAUGUUAUGUGAAUUGCAGCCACUUUCCAAUUGAAUUUGUUUCGUUAUCAUUUUCCCAGUGUCCCUAUGUGUCUCAUUCCCCCAGUGUCCCCAUGUGUCUCAUUUCUCCAGCCUUCCAUGUGUCUCAUUCCUCAAGGGCCCCCCUUGUGUCUAAUUCCCCCAGCCCCCCCCCCCUCCCAUUUGUGUCUAAUUCCCCAAUCUCCUCCUCCCCCCAUGUGUCUCAUUUCCUUCUCUAGCCCCCGAUGUGCCAGCUUACCUCCUACUUGUAGAGUGCCCGAGCCACGGACUGGAGUUGAGGCACUUGUUUCCCUCUCCCCCGUCCAGCAGUAAGCUGUUCUGCGUGCUCAGUGUGCACACUUCCCAUCAGGCCAGGGAGAGGAAAAUAAUUUCCUCUACCCAAGUCCGUGGCUCGGCCAUGCUACAUACAGAGACUGGCAGAAGGGGAGCGCUAUGCAGUGCAUUCUCUUCCUGCCGGUCAGGCGGAUGCAGCGUCCCUUGGGCCUGUGCCAGAAUAGUGCCACGAGCACAGUCUGAAGAGCCGCAUUUGACUCACAAGCCACAGUUUGACCAUGUGUGAUCUAUUCAUUACACCUGCUUCAUUAAGCUAAAGUUGUUUUGGUGGGGUGCUUACAAGGUCCCUUUAAAGGACCACUAUAGGCACCUUAAUGAAGUGGUCUGGGUGCCUGGUCCAGCUAGGUUUAACCCUUUUUUCUAUAAACAUAGCAGUUUCAGAGAAACUGCUAUGUUUAUAAAUAGGUUAAUCCAGCUCUAGUGGCUGUUUCAUUGACAGCCGCUAGAGGCGCUUCCGCGCUUCUCACUGUGAUUUUCACAGUGAGAAGACGCCAGCGUCCAUAGGAAAGCAUUGUGAAUGCUUUCCUAUGGACUGGCUGAAUGCGCGCGCGGCUCCUGCUGCGCAUGCGCAUUCAGCCGAAGAGGAGGAGAGGAGGCAGAGAGGAGGAGGAGAGCUCCCCGCCCGGCACUGGAGAAAGAGGUAAGUUUAACCCCUUUCUCCCCCUAGAGCCCGGCGGGAGGGGGACCCUGAGGGUGGGGGCACCCUCAGGGCACUAUAGUGCCAGGAAAACGAGUAUGUUUUCCUGGCACUAUAGUGGUCUUUUAAGGUGUCUGAAGUAAGUGAAGAAGGCUACAGGAGUUUGAUUUGUUGGUCAUUAAAAUUACUCCCCUAGAGAGUCCUUGUUGAUAAACUGUCCUUGCUCAAACAUGCCUUUGAAUCUUAUAGUAUGUGGAAAUAUGUUUUAUGGCAAUCCCUUUUGUCUUAAUAGGAGUUAGUUCCAGAAUAAAAUCUUCUGAACUCCCUGUUAAAACCCUUGAUAUAUCUAGUGGGGGUAGUCAUGAAGAAUCUGCAGAAUUCACCACAGCCAUGGCUCCUAGGUCUAUAUUGAUUUCUCCUGGUGUAAGUAUUGUCAAUCUGUGAUUAUUUUUUAAACAUAUUUAUCCUAUUGUUAUAAUAAGGAUGAGAUAAAGCUACACUGUGCCAAUUUGUGGGGUGUUGUAACUAAAAUAUUUGAGCAUUAAAAAUACUUUAAAGCUAUUCUAUGCAAACAGAAAAGAAAGAACACACACACGUGUGUGAAGAGAUCAUCAGUCAUAAAAAAAAAACUGCGAAAUGGUGUAGUGCAGGCCAUCACGCAUCCUCCUAAAAUCCUUCAGGUUACACGUCUAAUGAUUUCUAGGAAGAGGACACUGGCUGAAUCAGUGUUUACAAUGAGGAGGGCAUGGAAAGUGCAAGCAAGAAGAAACAGGUGAAUAUGAAAUAUGAAAAUAUCAUAUUUACUUGCUUUUUCUGCCUACCUGCAGAAUAAAACAACUAUUUUGUUCAAAGUUAAAGCUUUUUACAGUUGUCUCAAAGUGAUGCAUGUCUCUUUAAUGUACAUUAACUAUUAGAUACAGACAGUGCACAAAGUCCCAGGGCAUCAAUAAAUACAUGAUGCUCAGUUUUUAUACAUUAAGUUCACAAAAAAGAAAGGUGAAAGAAGAAAAGACGUCCACAAACCAUCCCACACACCCCACCUUACUCUGGACAUGAAAUAAGCCUUUUAAAGUUGUAUCCCUCAGCUCACGAGUUACCAUCAGCCAAGUGAGAAGCUUCUCAUUCCUCCAUCGUUCAGCUACUGCCUUCUGAGCAGCAAGUUGUUUUGUAAAGGUAGAUAUAAUUUUAAACUUUGUGAUAUUUAUUACAUAAUAUAUAGAAAACUGAUACCUUUGCAGUGGCCGAAAUAUCCAGUAAAUGCGGACAUAUUUUGGAUAGUAUAUAAUAAUGUUUUCAGGUUAAUGGUAUCAUGGAAUAUUUUGUUCCAUAGUCUAACUAGCACCCACUUUAUAAUUACGUUGCACUGAUUAUUGCUGGCUUUGAAAUAAAAAUAAAAAAUCCUUAAGUAUUUAAAAGGACACCUUAGUCACCAGAACAAUUACAGCUUAUUGAAUUAGUUCUGGUGAGUAGAAUCAUUACCUUCAGGCUUUUUGCUGUAAACGCUGUCUUUUCAGAGAAAAAAGUAGUGUUUACAUUACAGUCUAGUGAUAACUUCACUGGCCACUCCUCAGAUGAAAUGUAGCCCAGUUCGUGGCUCGGCCAUGCUACAUACAGAGACUGGCAGGAGGGGAGCGCUAUGCAGUGCACUCUCUUCCUGCCGGUCAGGCGGAUACUGCGUCCCUUGGGCCUGUGCCAGAAUAGUGCCACGAGUACGGUCUGAAGAGCCGCAUUCGACUCGCAAGUCACAGUUUGACCAUGUGUGAUCUAUUCAUUACACCUGCUUCAUUAAGCUAAAGUUGUUUUGGUGGGGUGCUUACAGGGUCCCUUUAAGGUGUCUGAAAUAAGUGAAGAAGGCUACAGGAGUUUAAUUUGUUGGUCAUUAAAAUUACUCCCCAUUACCUUCAGGCUUUUUGCUGUAAAUGCUGUCUUUUCAGAGAAAAAGCAGUGUUUACAUUACAGUCUAGUAAUAACUUCACUGGCCACUCCUCAGAUGCAUCCAAACAUUCAGUAUCUCCUCCCUCUGCAUGCAGACACUGAACUUUCCUCAUAGAGAUUCAUUGAUUCAAUUCACCUCUAUGAGGAGAUGCUGAUUGGCCAGGGCUGUGUUUGAAUCAUGCUGGCUCUGCCCCUGAUCUGCCUCUUUGUCAGUCUCAGCCAAUCCUAUAGGGAAGCACUGUGAUUGGAUCAGGCUACCACUUCUGAUGAUGUCAGCAGACUGAUUGUUUUUCUGAGUCAAACAGCAUGCAGAGUUACAGUUUCAGGCUCUAAUACAGUAAGAUUUUGCUAUAUUUAUGGAGGCAUGAGGGGCGCAGGGGGGUAGAUGGUGGUUUUAACUCUAUAGGGUCAGGAAUACAUGUUUGUGUUCCUGACCCUAUAGUGAUCCUUUAAUAUGUAUUUAGCACUUCAAACCUAAUCUGUGCAAAUAUCAUAUAUUGCUCUGCAGUAGAAUGGCAUUUCUUUCUAGCUUUAUUUUUUUCUACCUUGAGUUUAAUUUUGUUGUUUUGCAGGAAGGUAUAUUGGAGUGCAGUGAUCCCAUGGGAAAAACAUUUACAAAGUAUGUUUCUACUGCAGCUAUAACUCUAAGCAGAAGUCACGAAAAAGGUUAAUUAUUCAUAUUCCUGGAUCCAUUUUAUUGUAUUUUAGUAAACACACAUCACUGCUUCCUAAUGUCACAUGUCAUGAUUAUCAGAGGAAUAAAACUGAUGCUUCAGGCCUUUUGAGCAUAGCUCAUCUACAAAUACUCUUGAUCUUACAUAGGCAGGUUGGUACAACACAAUUAAAGUGUGAUCUAGGUGGCUCAGGUAACUAUUUGAUCACACUUUUUGAUACACAUAAAUAUCGUGUUGAGAGCUCUGAGUUUGAAAUGUUAUAACUAAAUACUCUGGAAGCAUCCUAUUCUUUGUGAAGAACAAACUGUUUUUGAAUAAAAUACUAAUCCUGCUUAACAGAAGUUGUGUGAUCAAAAAUAGUAAAUAGUCACAAUGACAAUUACUUUUCAUGUUAUAACUCCAAUCAUUAAUACAUUUGAAAUUGCAUAUAUAACUCCCUCAAAACCUUUGUUUAAAUGGUUAUUUAAAUGCUGCACAUAUGGAGUUUAAACCCCUCUGCUUUCGGAGGUGUAACACCACCUUUGGCAGCGCAAUUGAGGUGUUAUCAGCCAGCCUGGAACUAGAGUUUUGGGCUGGUUAAUGUCAAAUUUGUGCAACUUUCCAUGCACAUAAUGUCUAACAUUGGCUCACUUUUUCUGCCAAUGAAUGGCGACGGGGAAGACUUCCAUCUUCUUCAAAAAGCAUCUACCAGAAAGCAUCAGAAACCGGUGGGGGCUAAAUGGUUUGCCCAAGUACAGGGAAAUGGGGUCAAACUUAAUUUUUACAUGUACUAUUGUUUUAAUCAAACAUACUUUUCUUGAAAUAACAUACAUUUUUGCUUUUAGCUUUGCAUGCUGAUCAACAACUGACAGCCAAACAGACACUGGAUGAAACGGGUUAGCAUGUUUGUUAUGUAAUAACUAUUGGCUUUGCCUGUUGUAAAACUACACAGUAUUUAGUUUCAAGUUUAAGAUUGCUGUAGAUUGUAUUCACUAAACAAAGAAUUGUGGUGAUUUGAAAAAUAUAUACCAAAAUGUAAUAACUAGCAUGCGACUAUAGCUGAGUUGCUUUCUAGACAUGAGGGCUGGAAGUAGAAUCUCACCCUAAAUACCCGAGUCAUUUUACACAGGGUAAAAAUAAUGCAGGUGGGCCAGAGUAACUGCCAUUAUACAAAGUGUGGAAGAGGGCAUGAAUUAGCCAGGAAAUCCAUUAUUAAUCUGACAUGUCCAGCAGUAUUGCCAUCCAAUACCUUUAGUCAAUAAUUGUCAUUGUAAGAACUAUUGUAGUGAGCGGCUGCACCUACAUCUGUACGCUAAACUACCAUCCAUAAGGGUUCUGACAUGGUGGCAAAUGAAAUUAAAUAGGCGUGGUGUGGACAGCCUACCUACUAAGGUAUACCCAUGCUGCCCUCAAUUCCAACAUUUCUUGUGUGCAGUGGGGUGUUGUUAAAUCAAUGCUUUAAGGGGAUGCUUGAGCCAACCUACUCCUUGACUCUGCUAAUGUAUCAGCAGUUAUGAUUACGAAAGCCAAUUACCCUAUUCUUGAUUAGCUCAAUUCAUCAUUGUAGGUUGCAUGGGAAAUAAAGUCUCACUGUUGUGUAAACUGCCCACCCUCACACAACUUUCCUAGUUCUUUACACGCUGGCAGCUCACAAAGAGAACCUCAUGCAGUUUAAUGUCUAAAAAAGUUUUUAAAUUCCUCCAUUAAAUAGUCAGCCCUGUCUUUCAGGGUAGUUCAGAUUAGUUGGAUAGGCUCUAAUUUAGUUAUUUGGGUUAAUAUCUAUAGUCAAUAUUUUACAUAAUUUUGCUCCCUAAAAAUUGAUACAAUACACUACUUCAGUACAGAGUUUUAGAAUAUGUGAACAUAUGUAUAUGCGAACAUGAGGGAUAUGAGUUGUGUGCUUCAGAAAUGUAAAGAAGAUACAAUUUCAAAUGCAGGGCUAUGAAAUAAGAAACAUAAUUAUUUGAAAAAUAAGAUGGUUAAAGACUACAUUUAUCUUCUUUGCUCAAUUUUUUAUGACAAGUCAUAAUAAAAAUACCAAUUCUGUUUUUGAUAGAUAACCAAACUAGAAGCAUGGUCCUCAUCUCUCAACUUGAGGAUAGUGGACAAACAGGUAAGUGGUAAAUCUGAAUAAUUUACAGGGUUAUUAACUAAGCAUCGAAUUUUGUCCAAACAAAAUCUGGUGAAAACGACAGAAUUCCGACCACACUGACAAAAUAUUUACUAAAGCCAAAUGCAGUCAGGAUUUGAUUGGUCUGACUGAUUCUGUAACAUUCAGAUGAGUUCAGAAUAUCACUAAUGUUCGCGUCCGAACCAAUUUACAGCACAAGAAUUGGAGAUUUAUCAGUGAACGCAUGGCGGCUGAUUAUAAACUGAAUGCAUCCAUCCUGAUGCUCUUUCGCAAAUUAUCAUUUACUUGCCGUAUGCAUGUGAAUUGAUCAUUUCAAGUACUAUUUUAGAAAUUAACAUCUCAGCUGCACAUGUUAAUUAUGCGGUGGCUGGUCAGCACAUGAAAAAAAUAAUAAAAACUAUUUAGUAAAUAAAAAUUCUAUGGGGAUCAAUAAAACCUCUAUAUUGAUAUAAUAAUUUAACCUCCAUAUGCCUCCAUCUGCCAUCUAGGAAGUGGGGGCAUAUAUACUAAACAUUGAAACAAUUGCUGCCCAGUUGGGGUUGGGGUUGGGGCCUGAGAAAUAUCAAGGGGCACAUAGUCGACAAAAUAUUCAACAAUAUAUAUCCAUAUCUCAUUUGCUACUACUUAGGAAACUGGUGGUUUCUACCAACGUUGUUUUAAUGUUGGUGCCUUUACUAAAACCAUUAACUUGCACUCUUGGGUCUUAUGUACAUACUUAAGUUAUUUAUAUUUUGUUCCACCUUAUUUCUAUCUACAAUUUACAAGUCUACCAACUUUUCUCCUGUUUGAAACAUCUUUAGGCUCAUUUAGGCCUGUUCCUGCUUCUACACAGCGCCUUUCCACAAUGAGCCUACCGAACAGGCCUAAUGAAAAUCUUUGCAGGGGGACUCCCACCUGGUUACAGCAAACGUUAACACUAACGGCUCCUAUAUUGAUCUAUAUUGCAGUGUCAAUCUGCAGCUCCCCUAAAACAAGUGUAUAUACUUUAGUUGAUUGUUUUUUGUUUUUUUUUCCUACUAAAUAUACUAUGUUAGGAGUACUAUUAAAUCUCACUCACUCAAGGCCAAAACUACAGCCCGACUAUACCUAUGACACAAUACAAUAUCUCCUAGAGGGAGCCCAAGGGGGGAGCCUGUGCUGGAGUGGCUGCUACUUUUUCCGCAUGUCCAGUGCUCUACCUAUAUAACCUACAACACAUUAGGCUCUUUGCGGCUGCAACUAAGUCCUAACCAAUAACACCUCUGCCAAAUAAUAGAACAACAAUUGACUAUACCCAGUUUAAUUCACCAUGUAGCCCCCACGCAUCAACCCCACCUGCAAUGUGACUCUCUCUACUACCGUCAUUGUCCUGUUACUCAAUUGCCUCCAAUGUAAAUAUUUUAUUCUCCACUGAGAUUCUCCUCAUAUAUGCCCUUCACCUACAUCUCUACCUGUUCCAACUUGGGGAUUGCCUUGCAUAAUGAUUGUCUAUUCUGAUAUAGGGUGUUGAAUUAGGAGCUGUGAUUGUAACAGAUUUGCUCAGUAUAACAAAUUAAUCAACUCACUCUGGUGAUUUGACAUUUCUUACUCCAGACAGUUCUUACGCUACUCCCUCUUUUCUUUUCCACACUUCUAUUUCUCUUUCAUAAUCUCUCUAUGAUUAUCAAGUUUACCUAGCUCUUGCUUUUGCACAUUUUCCUGGGCCAGAAUUAUUUUGCAGACAAUUUGCACACAUCCUCUCAUUCAGGUUCUACUGUCCCUCACUCAUUGUCUCAUAAUUAGGACUUUGACAACAGGAUAUCUACACCUAGGAUCUGCAAUAACACUGUUUAAGCCACAACCUCUUACACAGUUCAGACCAGGCUACACUUCCUCAACACACAACUUUCCCCCAAAAAAACUUCACAACCAGUUUGCACAUAGUCUCCCAAUUGCUCCCAUUCUCUCGACACCCUCAGUAUUACCUAUAUAAUACCUCAUACUAUUAAUUGCCAUUCUUGAACACAACUCUGACUCCUUCUGCUUAUCCUUACUUUGUUCCUUUUUCAUAUCGUUUACUCGAACAUCAUGGAUUAAUUUAUAGACAAAACUCCUAAGACCUCAAUACAAACCUCAAAGACAGGCUAAGAAACAACACCUCAACGAACCCACACAACCUUCUUUUCCAGCCCUCUCACCAACAGGCUUGGAUGUAGGAGAGAACUCUUUCAAGUCUCUCUCUGCCUCAACUCAUCUCACAAAAAGCAUCAGAAACAGCUUGUAAGGUCUCUUACCUCUAAACCAACAUUUGAAUCCAAAUUUAAGGACACCAAAGAAUCUAUUGAUAGUGCAGUCCAUCUACUUCAAACUCACUCCUCCCAGAUUAUAUUAGAUAUAUUGAAAAUACCUUCACUGUUCUUUAAUUUUGUCUUUUCUGGUUGGCUAUAUAGUCUUCCUCCUCUUUUCUCUCUGUUGAUUGUACAUCCUAAUAUUUGAAAGUGGUUCUGCAUGUUAAUUGGUGUGAGGAAUCUGUCUUUCCUUUGAUCCCUAUAUAUGACUGCAUAAAAAGGCAUUACAUUUUUUUUUUAAUUCAUAAUAAAUGUAUAAUAUAUAUAUUGAAAAACAUACAAGAUUCUGUGCACACAUUUUAAUAGUUUUUUAUUUAAAAAAAAAAUACAUCAUCUUGGCAAAAAUAAUGUUAUAGUAUGUCAUCAUUUAGUUCAUAAUCCUAUGCCAAUGUACCCCAUUUUUGGCAGGUCCUAUCCUACACAAUGCCAAUGUACCCCAUUUUUAGCAAUUUUCUAUCCAAGCAACCUAACGCCUGCUCUUAUAAGAUUCUUUAUCAGGCUAUGCGCAUCUUAUUGGUUCUCUGUAGACAGUUUUCUAUUUCACAUCUCAUAGUCUUGUAAAACAUACAUUUUACUCCAUUAUGUAUAAAACAGCAGAUUAUUGCAUUACAAAAUGUAAAUAUAUAUGUAAAUAUAUAUAUAUAUAUGUUUCUUAAAUAAGUAUAUAAUAUAUAUAUAUAUAUAUAUUUCCUGGCCAUAUCCAUGGCAGCACAACAUUGGGUAGCUCCUCCCUAUCCCCAUAGGACAGGAAUAAUUAUUAAGCCGUAUAAGUACCACCUCCUACCCCUCCUUCCCCAGUCUUUUUUUCCUGUCCUAUCCCUAGGACAUGUCGGUCUUUUCAGACUAUUAGAUUUUCUUUAUGGCUUACCUGAGGAUUAGUUCCUCUAGCCCCUGGGGAGUUCACCCUCUCUCCCCUGGGAAGUCUCCAGUAUACGGCCCUGCGCAAAGGUGUCCCCCUGGAGAAAACCCCUUUAGUGACCGGGGGUUUUACCUUCCUGUAAUUCUUGCAAUAAUGCAAGUGGAAUAACAUGGAAUUAUGGCUGGUUUCCGGACUUGGAUUUUCUCCCCCCAGAAUCAAGGUAAUGACUCCAUGAAUUGGUUCCUACCUGUAAGAUUAUUCUUCUGAAGAUACAGAGGUAAUUGAAACUGUAAUCUCUCUGUGCUGGGGUUCCCCCUCAGAAGCUGCAGUGCCUGCACGGCGUUCGGGAGCUCCUGUGCGCCUGCGCGGCGUUCAGGAGUUCCAGGGCGCCUGCGUGGCGUUCGGGAAAUUUCUGUGCGCCUGCGCGGCGUUCGGGAGUCUCACGGGCGCCUGCACGGCAUUCGUGGGCUCCCGGACGCAUGCGCGGCGUUCGGUUGUUUCUGAGCGUUCGCGCGGCUUUGUUUGA